ACAUUCUCCCUCUAACGGAUCCCCCUCUCUCUCUACAUUAUUCUCUGUGCAUUUUAAUUUUUCUCUUUCUGUCACAGGGGGCCCACUUUUCCCCGCCCACUAUCCUCAUUUUUUUCCGCCCGAGUCUGAGAAUAGUGAAGCCAAGAAAUAGUUAAUCUCUCCGGCUGCUGCUAUGAUUGGCCGCUGUGUGCAGCCUUCAGCCUCCUUGAAUGAGAAACAGGGGUAACCAGGCAACUUCUGAGCUGGAGAGAAGAGAGAGGGGAGAAAAAAAAAGAAGAUAGAGCGUUUCGGGAUCUUAAAAUUAUGGGAGAAUUUUUGUAAGGAAAAAAAGAAGGCAAUGUGAUUUCACCUUGUGUGUCCGGGAAAUGGAAUUAACAAAUGGAUUUUCUUGAACGCUCUCUCUCUCUCUCUCUCCCUCUCUCUCUUUUUCUCUCUCACUCCCUCUCUCUCAAUGGGGGGAAAAGAUAGAGCGCUCAAAUGAAGGGGACACAGAUGUGGAUUAAAACGACGCAUAAAUGGGACACUCAAGAGACGCACGCGCUCAGAAAAGGUGAGUGACACCUCAGUUCUCUGCUUGUCUGUGAACGUGAGUGUUUAAAAACUGUGAAAGUGAGGAGCUGGAUCAGGAUGUGAGGCGGCUCAGCGACAUGUCAGGAUUUAUGGAGAGGAUGCGUUGGCCGCUGGAUGGAAACGGGUUGCGGAACAGUCCGCUUUGGACUGAGAAACAGCCUCAUAUUUAAGGAAAGAGGAGAAAUAAGAUGAGAAAUGAGCUCAUCAGUGCUAGGUUUGAAUGUGGAGGGCUUUAAAGCUCAAACGCCGGUCGCCUGUCAAAUAACCUGCUGUCCCACAUUCAAUUGCGCACAAAUUGGUCACGGACGUUACGUUUUAUGACAAGAUUUUAAUACCUCACUUAAAUCUUUUGGCUAUAUUGAGCAAAAAUGUAAUCAAAAGAUAGUAGUAUUAGAAAAAGAAGCUUUUUCAUCAACGUCUGCACCCCCUCCCCUCUCCAAAUAUUCAAAUGAGGAGCUGUCCUGCUGCAACAGCACUAAGUCAUCUUCAGACCUCUGCCUGUUAACGCGCUCUGGGGCGAAUCGAAUGACUGAAGGAUGACGCAUAAGUCCGUACAUGUAUGGAUUUGGGUUGAGAAAUGUUCAGAAAAUGCUCAGCGGGUUGUGUUGGAGGGCGACGAGUACCUGUGGAUGGAUGUGUGUGUCUGUGUGUGUUGGAUGGGAGCGCACAGCGCGGCGCAGCGGCACUGGCGUGACCGGCAGCGCUGAGCCAAAGUCCGCCUCAAACCGGAGCAAAGGCCUGCAGGGGAGAGGGUCCUUUGGUCCUCAUUCACGUUCAAGGGUCAUUAAAACAGUCAAAACAAUCCUGUUGAUUGUUGAAGCGUCCGGAGGAGGGAGGUUGAGGGGGGUGGGGGGUGAGGAUGGCGUUUAAACUGCGUCAGAGAGUGCAGUUGCGCCCACAUUUGGAUGUUGCCGUUGGGGAAUGGAUGGAUGUCACGCGCUAAUGAUGCCGCUUUUUUGCACAGAUUUCUCUUGAAUUUAACUUUAAAUAGUCUGUCACGGCGUAGGGUUCCUUGUUUAAUGCUUCCAGUGCUGUGAAAUCUUUAUAUUUUGGAGCUUUUUCUCUCAAUUCCAGCAAUCUCUUUCUCAAUGAACGAAGGAAAAAGACAAUUUAGAUAGCACAAUAGUUUAUGAAUACUAAUCUUUUGACAUUUCUUUAAUUUUAUUACCCUGCUGCUAUAGGAGUGCUUAACCCUUUACAUAUUUUUAUGGUUUUAACCUUUUAAAAGUCGAACCCCCCCUUGGUUAGACCUGAAAAUGAGCCAACAAGACCAGUUCAGAUGCUCAGUUCUUUGCUGGACCAUAUGUCGAUCAUGAUGCUCUAUGUCUUCUGCUUCAGUGCUAAUGCAAGAGCAAGACUAGAUGGAAAACAGCCUUUGACUUUCACCAUGGAAAGGCAGAUUCGAAGCACAUACAGCUGCUUUAAAACAAGCUGCUGGUGAAGUAAUAAAGCCAACAAACAUCCUGUUUGACCUCACGUGGUGUUUAUUUUGUAGCCUGGUGGGACGGUGGCAAAGGUCAGCGCCGUUGACAUGGAUGCCAAAGUUCAAUGGCAACUUCUGCCAAUCGUCCAAACUGCCUUUGGUAAUCUCCUUAUGGGGUUUUUUCCUGCAACGGAUCCUAAGCUGCACUCUUUGGCUGGAUUGUAGGACACAUUUGUUGCACACACACACAUACACACACACAUGUACUGUACAAUUCUCUGUUGUCAUCCCAGGACACUUCUUUGCAGCCCAGUGUGAGUUGUGGGGCUUAAGAUGGAGCUGAACCGAAACACUCGAAGGCAUUAACUUCUCCAGUAUGGGCUUCUUUGUUGGGUUUCCCAGUGGAAUCAAGACACUUAAUUUAGCUCCUGACAGCUAACGCGGCAAGCGGGUAUGGGAGCUGUAUCUUAUCCGAUUAAGCCCGUAAUGCUUUUUCCCCUUGUGCAAUUAUUGUAAAAUGGAAAAAGUGGUGAAGUUAUUUCUUUUUCAUGUUAUCUCAGCACAAUUACAACAAUGCAGGGACAACAAUUUUGGAUGCUGGUUGUUUUGCACUCCUGAAAUCCUUUGGGUUGUUUGCUUGUGUUUCCUCUUGCUUUUUGUCUCACUGAAAGCCUGCUGUAUUGUCACAUUUGUUGCUUCUCAUCAUAUUGCAUUUCCUCGGCCUGAACUCCCAUAAGACUUCCCAAGUGCUCCGAGAUAAUGCAUCUAACGAACAAGAGGGUUACACUCACAUUAAUGUAGCAUUCCAGCAUUAGACACAUGAUUGCUGGAGUGGCCUAAAUCUUUUAUAAAAGUAGUUUUAAUGAGCGUGCGAGAUUGCAUCUGAGUUCUCAUUUUGCUGGUGGCCUUAUCACAUCCAGUCUGCUCAUUAAUGAAGACGUGGCCCCUGGCACAGGCAGGUCAGAGGUGAUGGCAGCUGCCUGGCUUGAAAAAAGAGGGAGAUUGCUCAGAUAGUGGUGCAUUGUUAGAUAAUGAAUGAUGCGCACGCUCUGCUAGGAGUGUAAUCAACAUGACAGGUGCAUCUGAAGCUGAGAGUGCAGCGAGAGGGUUUGUGGCAACCAAAUGUGUCAGAGGCAAAGACUCAAGCUGUUAAAGUAGCAAAGAAAAGGAACUUUUCACUCUCCCCCUGGGAGGUUUGAGGGAAUACUAUCAUUUUCCCUCAAGCUUUGUGAGAUACUUUUAUUUGCCUUUUAUACAGACAGUUACAGAAAAAAGAUUUUUACAGAUGUUAAAAUGAGGAAAACACCAGACUGCUAUGACAUGAGGGUCAAGUGUCAAAACAACCCACAGAGGACUUGCCAAGAAUAAGUUAGGCUCAUAACUCCUGUUAUGGUUUUACGUAUAGUAAUUGUGUGGUUACAGGGUGAGCAAGACCUCAACAUGGAGCUUUUGUCUCACCAUAAGGCAACAUUAAAUUGAAUAUUUACAUUCACUAUCAAGUAUAAACUCCAGGAUACUUAUUUGAUGUGAGCAUUUCCAUCAAAGGUGAUGUUAGAUAAGGUGGAUAAGGCGUCUGCUGGAAUAUCGGCGUAGACAUUUCUAUCCUCAUUUAGCUCUCCUCCCUCUCUGAGCAUAGCAGUUGACACCUCUUUAAAAAUAAAUAAGGAGAACGUCACAGUGUGAACACAACAUGUCACUACCCCUAAUGGUUUAAGUUACUUUGAGGCGAUCAGCAACUUUGAGAUGCACUCAGCAGCUCUGCUGGAUUCCAAGACAGGUUGCUCCACUUUCCUCUAUCAGAGAUGGUUUAGGCCCAGAAGCUCCUCAGGCUGCUCUCAAGUCUACGCACACAAACUGUCAUUACAUCCCAAAUCUCAAAACAAGUUCGCAAUGAAACUAACAUUUGUCUGCAGUGUCAACAGAGUGAGGUGAAAUGUGUCAGACUUCUCCAGCUAGAUUUAGAUUUUUAGAUUGGCUGUUUAGAGUUAAAUUACCACUAUAAAUGGUUUUGACCAAUCAAAAUGAGGUAUAACACAGCUGUGUAGUAAAAUAGUGUAAUAUACAGUUUGGAAUAAUAAAUAUAUAUAAAAGUGUUAAUUAUUGAGAAAAUAAACCUUCUAGCAGACCAGCUGAUUUAAUUUAUUUACAUUGUUAUGCUGAGCUAAGCAAACUUUGGACAGCUUGCAGCUCCAUACUCAGCAAAAUUUUAAGAAGCUGGCAUUACUGGUCAACCAGUAUCAGUUUUUUUGACCAAUAAUGUGAGAGCAAGUCUGCCAAGGACUGAUAUAUAAAGCAGAUAUUAUAUUGCUGUUAUUUGCAUUUGACAAAUACACCAAUUUAUUGAUACUAAUGAAUGAGAUUUCUGUCCAACCAUCUCAAAUUAUUGAGACAGAUAAAACACAAGGUCAAUAUUAAAGUUAAAAUUGAAAAGGACAUGUUUGUAUUUGGUAUGCUUUCAUUUGUGUUGGGAUAAAAAAACACUAUUAUGCGUUAUCUUGCUGUCAAUUUCUAGACUGUGCUCCCAUGCUCAUUCCCUCUCCUGUACCUGCACGAUACUUUUAACACUAAUUUUUUUCGCUAAUACUGUCUUAGUACCAGAAACAUCUGAAAAUGAGAUAUUGUGGAGUAUGCUAGUCAAUGCCCUGACAUUUUUGUAGCUGCCAUAUUUAAUGAAAUAGCAAAUGAUGGCAAAACACCGCAGAGUGAUACAAGUGGAGACUUGCCCCAGUCUCUGACGAGAGUUGUGUUUGGCCAGUAUUCAAGUCCAGUUAUUGAAACCGGUUUCUAAGGAGUAAUGGUACCAAAACAUCUCUUUUUGAUAUCUCCAGGAAAAUCAUCCUUCAAUACCUAAAAAUAUUUACCCCAGACAGGCCUCAGAGAGGGGGCGUUAUUAAAAACAAUUCUGACUUAUUGCUCGAUCUUCUCAGAAACCAACAAGCUGUUGUGUAAAAAAAUAAAACCAGGGACAGGAAAAUGUUUACAUGAACAUUUCCUUUCCAAUAUGUCCAGGCUGGAACUGUUUCAGUAAUAGAAUUGGAAAUAGGCCCACAAGUUUAAACUAAAGAGAGCUCACACAAAAUAGAGGGAAUUAUCCAGCGUAUUUAACCACAACUCCAUUUCCCUUCAUUUAUUCUCACAUAUGAGUUUAAAGGUUAUUUCGUACACCCAUUUAGACAUAAUGGAAGUAGAUUAGUCCACUCUUUUCACAAAACAACCAUAUCUCUGUGGAAAACAAGGUCAGCAGUGGUUACAAACAGAAGUCAAAGCUUGUGCAACCCUUCCUCUAAUCCAUAUAUAGUUCCGCCAUUUAUAGAUGUACAUAUAUGUGUAAAUUAAGCUUAAACAGCAGUCAAGCACCAUUGACUUGGAGUGUUUCCUCACAGUUGUGUCCCUUAUCGUGCUGACCCUGUUGAGUCGACAAUAAGGCUGCGACCCCACUGCAAUACAAAGUGUUAACUGGAAUCAAAUGGGGCAGUGAAUUGCCGGCCCAUCACACAAUUAUUUCCAUUGUGUGGAGCUGGGUGGCGAGUAAUCCGUGUGCCCUGGCCUGUAACAUCUGGUGAGUGAGUGAAAUGUUCAGUGUGAAAGCAGGAGUGUGGGCCCGCCUCGUCCACUUUCCACAGGACCAGGCUUCUUCAAUGCAUCAAUGACACCAGCCAUCACAAGGGACGUGUCGCAUGCCAGACCAGUGAUUCAUUAGGACUCAAUUAGCUGGGAGGCAUGGGGCGGCCUGCCAUAUGCCUCCAGGUUCUACUGCAAUCUGUACCCACUCCCCGCUACUACUGUACCCUGGCACUGUACUCCGCUGUGUACAUGUGUGUUGCAUCAGCGCAGGGCAACAGUCUGUUCCUCCUCCACCAACCUGCCUCCUUUGUCCCAUUAAAACUCAGUCAGAAGUAGAGAUUUAACGUCUCGUCUCCAGCCACCCAGCUUCUGAGCUCGGAAAUGAGUCACUAUGACCUUCAGCUCAACUCAUGUAGCGCCAGUUGGCUCAGAAUGAAACACUCAUCCAUCUAGUGAAGUACGAGGCUGUGGCGCUCCAGAUACUGUAAAUCUUAGGAGGUAAGAAAGGCCCCCGCUCAAUAUUGAAUUCACCUUGCUUGCCAAGAGGCGGCGUGUGCUGUCGACAAGAUCUAUCCGACCUCAGAUCUAGUUUGUCUUCUUAUCUGUGCCAAGGUAAAAGACCCCCAUCCUCCCGUCUCCUGUGUGCCCCCACCAACCAAUCAAACUCCACCACAAAGCCAAAUUAAUAAAAUGAGAUCUGAGUAGGGAGAAGCAGAAGAGAGGGCGAUAAAAACACCAAGCUUGAGAUAUGUGAUAUGAUGUGAUGUGAUGUGGCGUAUGCACAUGCUGCUCAUACAUUUUUGCUGGCAUCUGAUCACUGACAGACUUCAAGAUUUUAAAGGUCAAUACUGCUUAUUUGGUAUCAAAGAUGCUGCUGGGCUUUCUGUUACGCUCACAGUCAAACAUCAGAUACUAACUUGGGUGGAAAUGUUGCAUUGCACAUAAGCCUUAAGCAGAGGAACAUCUGAAUAGUUUACUCAGACUGUUCUUCAGCAAUGACAAGAUGAUUUUUUGUUGUUGCUUAAGAUCCCAAGUUAUUAUAUCUCAUUAUCCUGGUAAGUUGACGCUGGUUUUUCUGAUGCAAAACAUUUGUUUAAUUUCUAUGAAAGCUCAAUUUUUCUUGUCUCAAGAUAAUUAUCCUGGUUUUGCUAUAGUAUAACUUUAAUGUACAGGGAUAGACCAAAUAAUGGGUAGGCCAAUUAAUUGGGCUGAUUAAUUGGGCAUUGAGAUGUAAUUAUCCUCAUAUUGCCAUAUUGUCAAUUGUCAGUGUAACUAAAUAGAAAAAGACAAUGUCGUAUAAGCGUAAUACUAAUUAUUAGUAAUUGGCUGACCUACUCUCACAUUAUCGGUAUAAGCGUCGGCCAUUGAAAAAACUGUGAUCAGUGAACCACUAUUGAAGUAUCUUAUACUCUUGGGAUUAAAAACCUUCUUUUCACAUGUUUCGGGGUAAUUUUGGUGAUGUAGAAAACAGAACAAACCAUGACUUUCACAUGGAGUCAAAAAAAAAAUGAACUAAUGAGUUUGCUUGACUGGAAGUUGACUUUUAAAAUACAUUAAAAAAUAAAAAUAAAAAAAUUUUAGCCUGACUUGAAAUCACACUAAGUUGAUUUUCUCAAAGUUGGUCUAUCACAUUAAAAUGUCGAAGGACACUAGGUAGUAAACGAAACUCCAACCGAAGAAUAAGAAUAGAUAUAACAAUAAGACAAGUCGCCACUAUCCUACGAAAGUUAUAGAGUUGUAAAAUGGAAACUGUUUCCACCAUUAAGCGUAAACUCAGUUAGCCUCUUGCUACUCUGUUUGUCAACUGUUUUGGUAUGAGGGGGUCACUGUAGUUUCUGGCUGAAAGGAGUUGUAUUGGACAACAACUGUGUCGCUGUCCUCUUUAAUGAGAUAUGUUUGGCCAGCUUCUAUGAGGGUUUUGUACAUUUGCAGGUCUGGGAACCCAAGUUCUGAUCAUAUAUUAUUUUAAGUCAAGAUCUCAAGAAAUCGAUGAAAAUAACUGGUUAACCUGUUUUAUUCUGAAGGAGGGAAACAGUAUGGCUUUAUAUGUGCCUAAGUCUUUAGUACAGAGAGCAUAAUUUAGCUACAUUUUUUGUCACAGGAGGAGUUUUGGUGAACUCAUUCAUGCAUUCGAUUGUACAAAAUGUUAGCUAUAGUUAUAACCAACCGCUAGGACCCCCAAGCUUACAUGUCAGGAGCUAUUUUAUUACUCAUAAUAGGAUUGCUUGUCUGGUCAUCCACAAUCCUGUUUGAUUGGAUCUUUCUCUUUUGUCUGUCAUCAACUGCAGGAUAAGUCCUUGAAAACACAGACCGCAGCUAAAAUUAAGGGAUUUGGAUUAAAACAAAAACAAACAAACAAACAAAAAGAAAGACUCCUGAAAGUUUUAUCUAUGAGGAAACACAAGUUAAAAAUUUAGCUUUUCUGUUGUGGACUUUUUGUUUUCAAAGUUAAUGAGACAUAACUUAAGUGGAUGUUACCAGGCUUACAAUACAGUGGAAAAAACUGAAAGUUGUAAAUUGGGCUGAUUUUAAUUGUGUCAUUUGAAUAUAAAGAUUUCAGCAAAAUAAAAACACCACUUGUGAUUAUAUGUAACGAAAGACCAGAAACUUGAAUGAAAGGUUGGUAAUAAUUAUUUAUUUUCAGUUUUCUUACCACAAAAAACAAAACAAAAAAAAAAUCAUACAGAAAACUAUGAAAAUAUGUUUUCUAAUUGAGUUCAUUUUCAUUUCACAGGAUUUGUUUUGAGUAAGUAGCUUCAGGAAAUGAAAAAAUUACAAGCAUGUGUUUUCCAAAUUAAAGGCGUAACUUUUUAAUAAUGCCAGGAGGAGCGUGAGGAUCAGAAGAAAAGAAAAUCCGGUGAAGUUGUAGCUGCUUUGCCCCAGUUGUCGGCACGUGCAGCCACCCAACUGCACUCCUCCAGCGUUUUUCACCGCAUUACCCAGAAACGCUACGUUCGUGUGACCCAAUUUAUCAGCCUCUCCUCCCCAUUCAUCUGCUCUCACAGAUGCACUACAGGAGGCUCCGUAAGCAGCCGAGCAUUCAUCACCUCUGAGUACUGAGGUCUUUCUGGUUUCAUCCCGUCGGCCCGUUCUACGACCCGAUUCCCCACAGGGCGGUACAGCAGCUCCAUAUGUGGCUGACGAUUAUAAUAGUGCUGCAGCCUGGCUCUACUGUAGCUCAGAUGCAUUUGUGCGUGCGCUUUUGUUUGUGCUCCAUAAAAUAUGUAAUCAAAUAUGAGCUUAGCAGGGUUUUUCUUCAACUGACAGACUAUUUAAAUAUUGUAUCUGCCACAGCCCCUCACUGCAGAGCUUUUUCAAAACCCCCUGGAGAUAAUUGAGAUGUUUAGUACAGCCUAGAGGAGCCAUCACACUCAAUUCUCAUGUGAUUUCACGUCUCCCAAUUCAUGUUUUUUUUAGUUUUCUGGGCACAGCACAGCCCACUUGUUUAGAUCAUUUACAUGUUUGGGUUAUCAAAAAUUGAAUAAAAUCAGAAAUUUGCUCUGUGCACACAAAUGAAGCAUCUUUUUUAAUGAAACAGGCAAAUGUAAUGUCACUCUUAAGCCAAAACUUUUGGUGUUUCUGACAUUAAUUUUACCCUGUUUAAACAAAUUAACCCCCAUUUAAGUAAUUCAACUGAAAUAAACACAAAAAUAACCACACAGCUGAAUUAACAGCUCUCUGAAACGGUUGCAACCAAAAUCCAAAACCUUCAUAAAAACAGGAUUACAGGACUGUAGGAUGCAUUAGUUUAAGCUUAGUUUAUUAAUAAAAUGGCAGCUGAGUGUAUAAUGAUGUAUAAUAAGCCAGUAGGCUGUCUUUUGGUGUUCUUUUUUUAUGAAGCCACAGAAAUUAUGUGUGUUUAAGCCACUUGCUGCAUAAAUAGAGGGAAACAUAAAUAGCAUUUAAAAAAUGCUGUGAGAUGAGUUUCUCCGGCUCCAAACCUCUACAGCCAUCUGACACUAACUAUUUGAAUGAAGACCCAAAUCUUCAACUUGGAAGUGUUCGCAUGCAUCAUAUCUGCUUAAUAUUGUUUCAUAUCAUUUGUCAUCUAAAAUCCACUCACAGUAACCAAAGCGUCAUCUGCUUGUUAUUUUUAGGCACUCCAAACUCAAGUAUUUAAUGUAUGACAGAAACUAUGAGGGUAUUGAAAUAAUGAAAAUGAUUUAAUGUAGAACACACAGUGGGUUUAUGUUAUAAAUAUUUAAUCAACUGAUUCAACUGGACUUGUAUGUUGGACUAAACUAAAGCUCUAAAUCGUCCAGUCAAGUCAAUUCAAACUUUAUUCAUGUUUCACAUUUCAUACAGAAGAAAAAUAAUGUGCUUCACAUUCAGCAGCAAAGCAAUCACAGUGAUAAAUGCAAUUCGAAAGAGCAAAAUACAGAUUAAGUAAACAGAUAAAUACAGUUUUCAAAACAUAUUCACAACAUAAGAAUCACAUACACACACAGACACACAAAUCUAGUCAUAAGGUUACAUAAUGAACCUUACAGGUUAAACAUAAAUGUGUUUAACCUGUUUUUAAAAGUGUCAGUGUUGAAGUCGUUCUUAGGUCUUCUGGCAGGGUAUAAAAACUGAAAGUAGCUUCUCCUGCUUUGGAGCAUAUACAGAAUCUUUAAAAGGGCACUGUCUGUGAACCUGAGAAUUCGAGCUGCCGUAUAGCUUCCAAGUCUGUCUUUUAUAUACUUAAGAGCAAGGUCAGAUCACUGUCAAUGGUUACACACAGAUUUUUGGCUUCAUUCUUGUUAUUCAAAGACAUGCAGCUAAGAUGAGCAGCAAUUUUGAGUCUCUGAGUUCUUCAACGAAAAAUGAUAACUUCUGUUUUGUCUUUAAGUUGAAAGAAUUUUCUGACAUCCACCACUUUUAUUCAUCAAGACACUUGCUGAGGGAGUUUAAGGUAUUAUGGUGAUCUGGAGAUAGUGAUAUGUAAAGCUGCAAAUCAUCUGCAUUAUGAUGGUAACUUAUUUUGUAUUUCUGGAUGGCACGUUAGCUGUGAUAAUAAUAAUGGUUCAAGAACGGAGUCUUGAGGGACACCACAUUCCACAUCUUUAUUUUUUUGAUGAAUGGUCCUUAAGGUUGCUUUUUAACAGUUGAGGACUGUACCUCUAUGUACCCAAUCUAUGUAGUCUUAAGUUAUAGUCUACAGUAUCGUAGGCAGUGGAAAGAUUCUAAAGGACAAGAACACAAGUGCAAGAAAUACAAAAGCAGAUCAUCACUGGACCAUAAUUAGGCAGCCUUCAUACCUACACCAUAUGCAGAGUUGUAGAACUUACUCCCAGCACCAACUUGAGUCAAGUUCUUUAUAAUAUAUUGAAUAAAGCUUGGAAAAAACAUUGUGUUUUGGCCAAGCUCCCAAGUUGUCAUGACCCGGCUCACAGGACCCGACAAAAAGAAGGGAAAUGCACUAGACAGUACAAACGUUUGGUGUAAUUACUUCAAACUGUAUCAAGAGGAUGAGGUGUGUGCAUCAGUGUGUUGGUUCUUGGGUGAGUGGAGGGUGUAUGAGUAUGUUGUAUGGUGCAAAAAAAAACAAAAAAACAAGCUACAAGAAGACUGAAGCUGACUGACCAGGUACUGCCAGGUGUGGAAAAACCCCACUCACUAGGGAGCAAAACAGAACCAGCAGAAGGGGACUAACAAGCAGGCCUUUACAAGACUGAGGGCCGUCGAUAUUAGCACUGAACAAUUUUCACUAAACUCAACUUUUCAAAUUGGAAGUGCUUCUGCAUUUUUAAAAUGUUAAUCUUCUUAAAAUUGUAUCAAAUUAAAUAAAUAUGAAAUCCUGAGAUACAUCAGGAGCCUGAAGGCAAAAAAGUCAGAGUUUCCACAUUAGCAUAAUUUCAACAGAAAUAAUGCAGCCCUUUGACGGUACUUUGCUUAAGGGGGGAUCCAGAUCAUCAAAGCCCCCAUUUGGUCUUGUCUCAACCAGAUGUUGACCUCUUGGCCUGAGUUGACUCAUUAAAGAGCUGACCCUGGAUAAAACCAUAUAUUUCUCAACUUAGCUUUGUAAUGCAUCAUAAUAAUACUUCACUUUUUUUACUUGCUUUAUUUUGGAAAAGCAAUUUUGAAAAGCACUAAAGCCUCUGGGCAUUUGGAUUGAAAUAGUAAGAAUUCCACAUUAAAGCAUCCAUUAUAAAAAUGAGUGAACUUAAUAUUUGUGUGAUUUUAUAAAGAAGUCAUCAUGCUGUUUUAUAACUAUGAAAAUACACUAAAUGGACCACAUGUCUCUAACUCGGUGUGGGAUUGAUGUCACACCCUUAAAAGGUCCUUCAGGUUGGCACAAUCCACAGCAGAACAGAUUCUUAAGUUGAUUUGAAGAAGACUCUUUCGCUUAUAGAGAGAAAAUACAACAUCAAAACUUUCAGUCUUGUUGCCGAUGGUCUUGAUUGCUUUCAUAUGUCAUAAAAACAUAUCAAAUUCAGUCUAUAUAAACGUUGAAAAACUCCUCACAGUAGCUUCAAAGUUGUUCAUUUUUUUCAUUCAAAAAGUCCAUCUUUAUGGCAAAAUUAAUAUAUAAACAGCCUGGUUUUGGCCUGAAUGUCUUUCUCUGUCUGCACAAGCUGUAUGGGGGUGUUUUUUUUUUUUUAACUCAGAAAAUAGUAAGGUUGUAAGUCCUUGAGUGACAAAGGGGUAGCUGUUAAUAAGGAGGUAAAAUGCUCGCUUGAACUUGUCUCAAUAUCAAAAGUUAAGUUGGGUCAGCUUUUCCAAUGUGGCGUCUGUUAUUGAUAGGCUUCAAAACUCCAUCUGGUGACAACGCUGAGAUUAUGUUCAUGUUUUCUACAGUCUGUGAUGAGCAAUCAUAGCAUUGUCCUAUAAGACUUCUUGAAUGGGACCCCCGUCCUCCUAAAGUCUAAUAAAUUUUGAGCCCUAAAAUGCAUAAUUCAGACCUAACAUCUGGAAGAUUUAAAGGAAAUAAUUUGCAAUUGAUGAAAAAAAAAAGUUAAUACUUUCUAUAUGGCUUUACCACUCUUUAAAAGGCACUAUUUUAUUAUGUGGAAAGCUCAGUGGUGGAUGUCGUGUUCCCGGGGCUUUCACUCUCUGUCUAUAAAAUCUGACAAGUUGAAAAUCUAGUCUCUCUUGAUCUUUCCUGAAAUGCCUGCCCAGGUUGAUUGAUUUGAGCUGCUCCAAUUUGUAACUUUGUACCUUUUUUAAUUAAACGUCGAUCUCUUUGGCAGUGUCGCCUGCGGGGCUCAGAUACCACAGUUUUGAUGUGGAGCUGUAGGAAGCUGCGAGCAUCUGGCACAGCAGCAGUGGUCAGCGUGAUGUCUGCUGACAAGACCCUUUAGAUCACUUCUCAUCAGAGCGUCACAGUAUGAGACCACCCUGAUGUUGGGCUCUAAUCAGCCAUCAAGUGUCACACACAGAAGGCCCGUGUUAGGCCUCUGCUGUUGGUUUAAACAAAACAACACAAACCACAGAAGACCGACAGCCUCUCUGCUUGUUUGUGUUCAUGAUCUGUGUGAGAUCUUGACCUUGCGAUGCCAUUGUAAUGAGAGGCAGUGGAAUAUUUCACUUAUCAUUAGCGGCAUGAUUAGCUGCCAAUGGGCUGUGCCCAGCGUGGUUUAAUCCUCCUAGUCUCCAGAGUGCGAUAACAUAUGAGAUGACAACAGUUUCACACCCAGUUUCACACCUCCCGCUGCUCCAUACGUCGCAGCCGCCUAAUCACUCAUGAGAGAUUAAUGAGAGACGUAGAGGUGUGCUGAGAGACUCACUAAUUACUCCCUCACAUAUUUUAUUGUAGUCUGGGGAAUUGACAGUUUCAGUGUGUGUGUGAGUGUAAGAGAGUGUGUGGGUUGUUAGGUUUCUUUUAAAGUACAGUUUUAUGACAAACCUGUUACUACACAGACGGAGAGUUGAGCUGUAACAAAGACAUCUCAAGAGAUCUGACGAAAAAGUUAAAAGCACUUUGUGUUUUUGCAGCUGUUCUGUGGCUAUCACAAUCACAUCUUCGUAAACUACAGCUUUUUGGAGAACUGGAGUGUAUUUCAUAUUUAAAAAAAAAAGGAGAGAGACGUCUUUCUGUGCUUGAUUUGCUCCUUCAGCUGCCUGCAAGAAACUAGUAGAGUCAUGAAAGCAAACCAAAUAACCCAUCUGCGUUAUCACAGCAGAGAGUGUUAGUCAUGCUAACUCUCCUUUGUAAGUGGUGUCAAUCACCCCUAUAUUUCCUCUCAGGCAUAUUUCUGCCACAUGCAGCAGUCUGAGAGGAAACUUCAACCAUUUGUUAGUUUUUAUAGCAAUGGGAAGAUGUUUCCUUGAAGGAGGGUUGUCAAAAUCUGAAUCUUGUUCAACCUCACCAAAGAAAUGGCCCAGAGGAUACAGUACUUGAACAAGUUUGUCCCUCAGGAAGUGCAUGAACCUUAGAAUAAGGUGAGCAUCUAAGUCUGUACCAUUUUUUUCUUUCCUUUGAUUUCCUUAAAAUGAACUUUGUACAAACCACUUAAAUUGGCUUUGAUAAACUUUUUGUUACCAAUUCGAAAGGAACUUUUAGUUUGAUUCAGUUUGAGUUCAUUCUGGUAUUCGCUGUGUUCAAAGUGCUACGUCUGAUCUCUUGAUUGAUUUUGUCUUUUACAAGUGUAGAAGUGUUUAUCCUGCUUUAUUUCAACCCUCACAUGUAUGGCUCUUUAAAAAGGCUUGCUGGACACUGAUAACCCAGCGGUUUGAGCGCCCCAGGCACAGAGACUGUAGUCUUUAUCAUAAUGGUCACUGGUUCGACUACCAUCCUUGACCCUUUGCUGAAACUUUUUGAAUAUUUCUCUUUCUCCUCUUCUUCACAGCAGAGGCUGUUGAAAACAUCUAUUCAAGCACGCCAGACCUGAGGUAACGUGCAAUCAGUACUGUCAAAACAUCACUAAAGAAUAUUUGGGCAUUCAUAUAGAGUGGCAUUUUGAGUAAACAGUAUUUUUUAAAGUGUGUGUACGGAGUGGGGAAUUAAAAACAAUUGAGCGUGAUAUAUUGAUUCAUCUCGCUCUGAAGUGUUAUGAUGAAGAACAGAAAGGUUUUCUUAUAAAUGUGCAGUUAAGUCUAACAGUACCAAGCAGCUGUCAAUAAACUCAAAGCCCACUGUUGUGGUGCAUGCACACGAAAAACAACAUCUGCCAAGUGCAAUUAUUUCAGCAUUUCCACAAACUUUUAUUACUUUCCAGAUGAAAAUGACGGAGCAGAGUUUUCAAAAACUUCGGGAGGCAUUAUCCAAAAUCUCAUUUUGUGAACUUACAUAUUGACAGGAGGACAAAAGGAUUUGUUUUCUGAAAUAUCAGCAUACUGAUGUGGAUGGGGUCUCAGUUUGUUGGCUGAUAACUUUUACUGUUUGGAUUUGGUUGCAGAACAUUUCCACUAUUGUUUUUGGCCACGGCUAGCAGAGCGGCUUUACAGUGAAGCUCUACAAGCCUACUUUGCUCUUUCUGCAUCGAACAGCAAACACACUAUUUGAACCAUAAACAGUGGGAAGCAUUUCAGCCUCUUAACAAUAGGACAGGCGAUAAAAAAGGGCGAAAAUAAGAGCUUCAUGUGUUUAAUGCCAACAUGACUCAUAUCCCAUAAUGUUGUUUCAUGAGUGAAAAUAGGCACAUUUUUUAUUCAACAAGAUGUUGAACACAGUUUUUGUCUACAUCGUAUUUGCCCAAGAAUGCUACUGUGAACUCAAGAAUUGAAAAUGGAGAGCUAAUGGAUUAAAAAUAAGUAAAAGCAAAUAUUUGUCAAAAUGUGGUCCCAAUUCGGCCUGGUUGUUAAAUCCCAUGUUUCACACACAGAGGUCAAAGCACUUAAACCGGACAGCCCGGGUUAGAUUCCAACCACAGACUGUAUAUAGAAUGGACGCCGUCUGCCUCCUUGCAGAAUGAAGCCACCACAAGAACAGAAAUUUACUACACAGACCCCCCCCCCCCCCCCCCCCCAACAGUGUUGACAUAUAGUUACUGUAAGACUGAUUUGUGUUCAAGUCUUCUUUUUUUCUUUUCAACUCCAGUUUUAAAAGUUACGAGGUUCAUGUUUCCUAUGAUUGACACCUGAUACAGCUUAUGGGCGUAUGAAGAUUGCGUAGCUCACCUGGGGGGAUGCGCUGUUAGAGCCGAGCGUCAUCACAGCGACCCUCUCGCCAAAUGUGCACAAUGCUACUGCACAAGUGGUGGAGUGUGCACAACACUACCAACGCAAUGUUGGUUUCAUGAAGUGGAGAAAAAAAUCGGAAUUACUGAGAGCUUUUUUGCUUCAAAUCCGUAUCCUGGCAGAAGAUGGAACUAGUAGUAUAUACAGUCUUUGCUUUCAACCUGGCCCUUCACCUCAGGGGUUUCCCCACAAGCUCUUCCCAGUUUACUACUUUAUCCACCAUCAUAUCUUUAAGACAAGCACAAGGCGUGAAAGCCCCGAAAUAAACUUGAAAUAAACAUGUAUAUCUGAUAAAUUACAAAUCAGAAAUUCUGGGAAUCAUGGAAAUUUUGUUCUCAUUUACCAAACACUUUCACACUUAUUUUGAAACAAUAGCCUCUGAGUGAAGUUAUUACAGUUAUUAGUCGGAGACUUAAAGUGCACAGCGUGGCAGCAAUUUUGUGCCGCUCGUGUUAAGCAUAAUAGAAAAUAUAAAUGUGGGAGAAAUCAAAAGAGGCGUCCUUCAUCAAAAGAGAGAAAUGCCUCUCCGAUUUUAGGACCCCUCUCUGUAAUAAUCUCAGUGCAGCCUCUUUGUUGCUGAAACAACAACAGCAAUGAGAAAUAAAAAAAGAAAGAAAACUCCAGUCUGACUUCAGCUAAUCUAAAAUAUGACACACUGCUUUUCAUUUAGGUUAAGAAAAACGACUCCUCAGCGCUGGUUUGUCACAUCACGACAGCUUCGAUCAGGCAGUGUGACAAAAAGUUGAAAAACAAAAAGGUUCCUCUUUGAAAUGGCUGCUAGCUCGGUGCUUUCCUUCAGCUUCAUUAACGCGCUUUUCAGACUACAGGUAAUGUUUUUGUGCUCAGUGGUUUUGAUCAUGACAACUUUUGUCUCAGCCUCACUGGAUCUCUGCCAUGUUUGUCAUAAAGCCGGUCCAAAAAGGCUUCUGAAUCAAAUCUGUGUCUCAUGAAGCUCAAAUGAAGUCAGAGCAACAAACAGAAGGACGGUUAUUCACAGCCAGGUUUCAUAAAGAGGCUGCUUACGUAUCUUAAUUAUAUCCAUGACCCAUGUAGAGCAAUUAAAGAGGACACCUUUGGCUAUUUAUUUGGUUCAAAAUGAACAUAGAGGGAGGGAAAAAAAAGCCUAAUUGUCUCAUUAAUUACUCUCUGCAUGAAAUAAUGACCAAAGCAAGGUUUCCACAGCCUCUUUGUAACCCACAAAAGAAGGCCGGGGAGGGGGUGGCAGCAAAAUAAAACAUGCUUCAACCUCCUUUCACAAACAGACAUUGUGUUUGAUGAGAGCGAGACAAAGAAAAAGAGGGCACAGGAGCCGGAGAGAGAGGGGGAACUUGGAAUUGAAAGAGUAAAAAAUGGCUUGAGAGAUUAAAAAUGAGGAAUAUCAAAGAAAGGAGAAGAGACAGAAGGAGAAAAGAUUGGCUGGUGUUCGUCCAGGCUGUCUGGAGCAGGCCCAGCUCCCCUUCUCUCUCUUUUUCCUAUCCUUCCUACUGAAUGUGGUAAAUAGCCUGCUUUAACGCACCAUUCAGAUGCUGGGACACAGCACAACAACACACCAAAUCAACAGUGAAUUAAAGACUCCUCGGGGAAGCCACAGAGCAACAUUAGAGGAGGUGCUUUGGAGAGACAGAUCCACCAAUUAACUGUUUUGAGAGAGGUCCUGGAGCCUCACACCGGCCGUGUUUCCAGACCUUUCUCUAUGUAUUGGGUGUUGAAUUAGACAAAUAAAAGACGGAAAUGUGAGCUUUCUUGUUUUCAUGCUAUUGUUUACCGUCACCACAGGGAGCUAGUGACACUUUAUUAGCCUGAAUAUGUCUGUUACGGAGGCGGAGGCAGUCGAAGAAAUGCAAACUUUCAAAAUAAACCCCAUUAAUAUUUGCAUCUUGAGACGUGUGCUGUGCAAGCGAGAGCGUAUUUGUUCAUUUAUGUCAUGUCUCAGACUUGAAGAGGCACACACACACGCACACACAGAUGCAUCUUCUCCUUGCUUUUUUCCCCGUCUAAAUUGGGUGCAGUUAUCCUGCAGCUGAGCUGGUAAAAAGGGAUAAUGCAGGAGCACUUCAGAGGGCAGCUCCUUACUGCCCUCUGAGAAGCCGAGCCCGGCCGAGCUGGAGCCACGCCUAACUGAGUGCACCGCUCCGAGGCCUCCACUGACAUAAAUCUGCACAGCAAAGCAACUGUGUGGCAACGCUUAUUUAGUUUACCAGCUGUAGUUGUUGAACCCGAAGCAAUGAGGCCUCUCUUUUUGCUCAGAAAGUAAAUGAGAACGCUUCAAACACCCCAACUGAAUUUUUUUGUGUGUAUUUUCUCCCCCCUCGCCGUCCUCCGCCUCCUCCCAGCCCUGCACACUUGACUGUUCUAUCGUCAGAGGCCCUCCAUCUUGUCAGAAUGAGGUGAACUAAUGGGCCGUGGCUGAACAGCCUGAGCUCAGAGGCUAUCAGUUCCCCCUGGAAGGCCGGGGAGGAAGAAGAGGAGGAGGAGGACAAGAAAAAAGGAGAGGUCCUUCGCCCUCUUUGGCUGCAAUAUAUCUGCUCUGCCUCAGAUGAAGCCUCGCACAAAUCAAAAAGAAUGCUUUAGUGUUGUAGUAAGAUGUUAACAGAGUAGUUGCCCCCAUUUCUUCUACUUCUAUCUUAUGUAAAUUUUAUUGAGUUUUUUUACCAGCUUAAACAAGGCUCAGUUAUUUUCUCAAUUCAAUCAAGUCGUCUGUAGUCUGCUCCUAAUCAUGCUCAAAACAUGCUUUGAUUUUAAGCCACACUAACCCUAUGUCUACGUCAUUAUGUCUGCCCACACUUCAUCCAGAAUCAAAUGUUUCAACUAUGGAUGAGACAACAAUAUACUGGGCAUCUACAGUUUUCAAGUUUUUAUCCUAUUGACUUUAGUUAGCCCUUGCCUUUUUCCAGGACACUAGAUGUUAGGGCUGGGUGAUAAUUUACCAAUUCCCAAAUUUACUACAAUAACUGAUGUCAUUUUGCCCAUGUCAAUGUAUUCGGUGUCAAAAAAUAGAUAAAUAAAAGUUGGUUUUGGAUGUGUGUAGGUAGGCUAUGGUCUCAUGUCCCUUUAAGAUGUUGUCCUAUGUCAGAGACGUGACUCCACCCCAUCCUGUCCGUAACAAAGAAGGAAAGACAGGAGAUGGAGGACGGUUCAAAACUUUUAGCGGCUGGAGUGGCGGCUGAAGUAGACAAAGUUGAUGUGGGAGGCGAUGAACAGCUUGUGGAGUAGUUACCGUUAUCGAGGUGAACUGCACAAUUUAUCAUGAUAUUGAUUUGAGGCCAUAUCGCCCAGCCCUACUAGAUGUACAGCUGUGGUUUUGUCUUAGCAACUGUUGGUUUGACUGCAAUGAUGUUAAGAACACACAUUUAAGUCCCCAUCAGGUUAAAUCAAUAUAUAUGUAUAAAUAUAUAAAUAUAAAUAUAUAUAUAUAUAUAUAUAUAUAUACACUCACCGGCCACUUUAUUAGGUACACCAUGCUAGUAACGGGUUGGACCCCCUUUUGCCUUCAGAACUGCCUCAAUUCUUCGUGGCAUAGAUUCAACAAGGUGCUGGAAGCAUUCCUCAGAGAGCUUGGUCCAUAUUGACAUGAUGGCAUCACACAGUUGCCGCAGAUUUGUCGGCUGCACAUCCAUGAUGCGAAUCUCCCGUUCCACCACAUCCCAAAGAUGCUCUAUUGGAUUGAGAUCUGGUGACUGUGGAGGCCAUUUGAGUACAGUGAACUCAUUGUCAUGUUCAAGAAACCAGUCUGAGAUGAUUCCAGCUUUAUGACAUGGCGCAUUAUCCUGCUGAAAGUAGCCAUCAGAAGUUGGGUACAUUGUGGUCAUAAAGGGAUAGACAUGGUCAGCAACAAUACUCAGGUAGGCUGUGGCGUUGCAACGAUGCUCAAUUGGUACCAAGGGGCCCAAAGAGUGCCAAGAAAAUAUUCCCCACACCAUGACACCACCACCACCAGCCUGAACCGUUGAUACAAGGCAGGAUGGAUCCAUGCUUUCAUGUUGUUGACGCCAAAUUCUGACCCUACCAUCUGAAUGUCGCAGCAGAAAUUGAGACUCAUCAGACCAGGCAACGUUUUUCCAAUCUUCUACUGUCCAAUUUCGAUGAGCUUGUGCAAAUUGUAGCCUCAGUUUCCUGUUCUUAGCUGAAAGGAGUGGCACCCGGUGUGGUCUUCUGCUGCUGUAGCCCAUCUGCCUCAAAGUUCGACGUACUGUGCGUUCAGAGAUGCUCUUCUGCCUACCUUGGUUGUAACGGGUGGUUAUUUGAGUCACUGUUGCCUUUCUAUCAGCUCGAACCAGUCUGGCCAUUCUCCUCUGACCUCUGGCAUCAACAAGGCAUUUCCGCCCACAGAACUGCCGCUCACUGGAUAUUUUUCUUUUUCGGACCAUUCUCUGUAAACCCUAGAGAUGGUUGUGCGUGAAAAUCCCAGUAGAUCAGCAGUUUCUGAAAUACUCAGACCAGCCCUUCUGGCACCAACAACCAUGCCACGUUCAAAGUCACUCAAAUCACCUUUCUUCCCCAUACUGAUGCUCGGUUUGAACUGCAGGAGAUUGUCUUGACCAUGUCUACAUGCCUAAAUGCACUAAGUUGCCGCCAUGUGAUUGGCUGAUUAGAAAUUAAGUGUUAACGAGCAGUUGGACAGGUAUACCUAAUAAAGUGGCCGGUGAGUGUAUAUAUAUAUAUAUAUAUAUAUAUAUAUAUAUAUAUAUAUAUAUAUAUAUAUAUACAUUAGCUCAAAUACAGCUAUCAUAAACAAUAUUUCUUUGUUUAUAAUAGCUGCAGAACUACUGUCCUACUAGGCAGUGGUCACUGUCAAAGUGCUACCAUGCUAGGUAUUCUACAUUUUUGGCAUAGGCCUAAAGGGUAUCAAUGAACAUCAGUUUUUUUAGAUGUUUAUCUCAUUUAUAAAAAAUAUGACAAUCAAUAUUCAUCAAGGGCCCUUUUUUUAAUCAUUAACAUUUUUUUUUGUUAAUGAGAAAAAUUUGUUUUGGGUAAAACACCAUACUUUAAAAUCCAUCACACCGUACCCCAUUGCUGAUCUAGUCUGUCACUUGAGAUAUAAGCCAUGUAUUCCUGUAACAGUUGUGAUAAUUUGAUCACUUGUCUGCAUCGUUGUCCUCUCUUCUUCUACGCUUCCUUCUUAUUUUCAGAAACGUUUGCAGCUUUAUGUUCGAUAAAGAUGUAACCAGCUACCAGUGUGAUGGGCACCUGUUAUAGCCCACUCACUGAGUUUGGUCAGGCAGUCAGCACAGAGCAGAAUCAGGUGUGUGUGUAAGCUUGAUUGAGCUUGAUUGGGAGCAGGUGUGGGGAGCUUAUAUAUACUCUCUGGUUCUGACUCAUUACCCUUGUUGUGAUUUGGCACUAUAUGAAUACAAAUUGAUUGAUUGAUUUACUUGCUUUCUGCAGUUAAGAGUGGAUCUCUCUGUGUUUUGCAUGUUAGAGUGUCAACCAAAGCGUCAAAGGAAUUCGCCAUUUGACUUCUCUUUUGAUGGCAUUUUGGUUCUGAAGGUUUUUAGGUAUGUAGGUAUUUAGGUAUUUAGUUUUGUCAGCUGCUCGGCAGCAGUGGUUGGGUUUCUCUGUAUUUCUUGCAAAGGCUGGUUCAACAAAAGGAACAUCUUUGUUUUCAACUUUUAUUUUGGUUAGUUUUUCUCCCCUGAUUGCAAUAGUUAGUGGUUAUUCUUUGGAAUAACUUUAAGAAAGUCAAGGUCCGCAUUGACUUCCUACUUCCCUCAGCCUGACAACUAGAGCAAUGUCAGUUCAAUGGUUUUUCUGCUCUUAUCAUAACCAGCUCAAUGUCAGCCUUGUUUUAAUCUAGUUUGGAGACACAUAAGUAACAGAUUUGUUUAGGUGUUUCUUAGCUACGAUGAACAAAUCAUUAAAGAUGAAUAUGUAGCUGAGAGAACAGUGAAUUGAGUGCCUGUCCAGGGGUAUUUCUUGGACUUAAGGGGGCAGAUCUUGUUUUAGAUGUGAAGCAGACACUGACACUUGUGGAAAGUUUAGAGAUUCUUUUAAAUAGACCUACCAAUAAAUUAUGCAUUAUAACAUCUGGAGACAUAGUGUUAAAGAAAAAUGAUCAGGCAUGUUUACAUUUUCCAGUUUAACCCAUUUUUUAAAAUCUACGAUAAAGAAGUAAGCACUGUAAGAGACCUUAAUGCUUUGGCUUCACUCAGGUUAGCUUUUCUUUCCAUUUUCUUAUACAGUCUACACUUAAACGGUGCAGCCUCACAUCUGGAUGCUAGCAGUUUCAAAUGCUAUAAGCAUGGUCAUUGCUGCACUAAGUUUUUAAGGCCAACUGAGCUACAUGCAAUAUAAAACAUACUAAACAACCUGUUUUGCAGUAAGAGAUCAUCUACUUUAUCUAAGUUGUUCUAAACUAAAGACAUUCCUGUAGGCCUUUAAUUUUUAGUCCGUGCGUAGUCCUGGAUAAAUGCUAGCUUUCUCACACUAACCAAGAAUGUGCACAUAGUACAGCUCUAAAUUAGCAUUAAUUUAAACCUGCUUAUAAUAGCAUUAAAGGUACGGUGUGUAGAAAUUGGGAUAUCUAGUGAUAUCAAGCCGUCAGAUGCUAGAUCAAAAAUGCUCCCUUGCUCACUCCUGUCAACAAAGCAAAGGUGGUUUUGGAGGACAAGAAGCGCCUGUGAGACCUCAUAGAUAUCCUCAAAUGUUGAUUUCUAUCAUGUGUGUUCUGCAAAAUGCAUUACAGAAUCACUUGCAUGUUUCAUUCUUAGUGUUGCUGCUGUCCAAAAUCAAUAUUUUAAAUUAAACAGUAUGUGUUGUUUUACGACUUGCUUUGACAAAACUUAACAUGGUGAACCCACUGAGUUGUAUGAUGGACGUGUGAAUGAAUUGCAGCCUAACCCUUAAGACCAGAGUGUCACUCAACUGCCUGCAAGUCAGAAUUAAAUUAGCUCCAAAAAAAGCGAAUCAACCUUAUCUCAGAUUCCAGGGUUAUCAGCCACUUGUUAGGCCACAUGAGACGUCCUUAUUGUUUAUUGUGAAGCUGCGAUUAGAGCUGAAUAAUAAAAAUCUCCCGUGCUGUAACUAUCACAACAGCAGCCGGGAUUAAAGGAUUUAGAUAUGGAGAGCAGAUAGCGGUGCUGACCAGUCUCCAGUGCCGUAGGUGACACAAGGUAACACAGCGGGGCGAUUCACAGGAGUUUUGUUUGGCCAGGUUGUGACAGCGGUGUCCCGCUCAAUAAGCUGGGGGGUAUUUUGUAACAAAGAUGACCAGCGCAAGGUGCCAAAGCCGGUCUGUCGAACAAACGUUUCUACCGGCCCCGAGCCAUGCCAGCCUUGGCGAUGGAGCGAGGAGAUGGUCGAGAGGACAAGAGCCUCCUUGCUCCUCCUCCUCCGUCACAUGCAAGCUGGAGCACAGACUGCACCUUACCGUCGGGACCGCAGUGAAUGGAGGUGUAAUUGGCCGUAUCCAGUGAUAGAUGGCUGUUCAACCUUUGUUACUCAUCGGUGGCAAGAUGCACAGAGGCUUGUCUCACAAUAUGAGGUUGAUUGUGCAGUCUAUUAAACGCCGCUCUCAGGAGGAAAUGCAACAGACUUGAAAAAAAAAGAAAAAAAAAAACAUCUCAAGAAUAAUCUGAGUCAGAAAUCAACGCCUGCUCUGUGAUUACACAUUAUUUUUCAGAGACGGUAAACAUGACUGCAAACCUGAUCACAGUUAAUGAAUCAUUUUCAUUUAUAGAGGCGGCGAGGGAGAUAGAGCUCAGUAUAAUUAUUGGAAAUUACAACCCAUUGUCUCUCUCACAUAAAUCAUAGAUCUAAAUUACGGUCUUUAUUUUAUUGCAAACAAAUGAUCGUAUUAAAAAAAUCCCUUCUGCUCGUGCAUUAAUGUCAUUCAUAUAAAGAACCGAAAGCAGGAACAGUGGGAAUUUUCACCAUUUUAUUUAGGUAAAUGCAGCGUUUUGUUGAAAACUAACUAGUGAUAGUUUGGGGAUUUUGUUAUACAUGAAGGGAGAAGAAAGUGUAUCUAUUUAUUAUCUUUUAUUGUAAAUGAAUCACACUUAUUCAGUUAGGCAACUUAAGACUUAAUUACAGUAUAAAUUACCUGUCUGUGUGAAAUACUUGAAUCUGAUUGAUCAAAUCAAGGAUUUCACUCACAAUAAUAAAAACAUGUUGACAAACUAGAAGACAAAGCCACUGAACCUGCCGUCUAUGACUACAUCUCAAGGUGAUGUGAUUGAGUCUGUAUCUUCUUACAAAUGCCUGUGAUUCCUAGUUGAUGACUCUUUGUUUUUUAAGCCUCAUAUACAGCAACUUGUAAAGAAUUUGAUGCUAUUUCAGAAAAGAGCUGCUUUCUAUUGCUGUACAUGCACUUAUCAAAUCAAAGCCUUCAGCCUGUCAGUCUCUGGAUACUGUUUACCAUGAAGCUCUGAGGUUCAUUACAAAUCUGAAGUCUCUAACUUAUCCCAGUUUGUCGUGUGAUCGAGUUGGCUGGCCAGCAGUGUCUACUCAUAGACUAAAUCACUGGUGAUUCUCAACUUACUUCCUUCUUAUUUAUGUAAUGUUAUUAAUUUGAAAAAUGUUGGAGGCUAAACUCUUUGCUCUGUGAUCCAGACACAGGACUUACUUUUACAGUCUGUCUCCAGAGUGCAUCUUGAAAUGGGUAAAAAAAGAGUUUUAGGUGUGCUGCUCCUACAGCAAAAUUUGGAUCUUGGGGAGCAGGUCUCCUUGAAUGUUUUUUAAAAGCAGAUUGAAGGCUUUGGAGGAAGAUGCAUCAUACUGCGAAUGAUUUGUUUGAUGAUUUCUGUUAAAAGUCCUGUAACUAAAUUGUAACUUCGUUGGAAUGUGCUGCUGCUACCUUUGCCAGGACACUCUCAUAAAAGAGAUUUUUUAUCUCACUGAGACUUUCCUGGUUAAAUAAAUUAAAAAAACUCAUCAGGGACAACCUAUUCACACAUAUCAUUUCACAUUAAUCUGCACAUUUCCCCUCUGCCUGUUGACACCAUGGCAACAAAACAUUGUGACGUGCACCGUUUAUGUUCAAGGUGCAUCGACUGCAAAGCCCAUAAAAGAUGGAGAACUGUUUGUAAUGUUAAAUGCAAAUUCAUCCUGCAAGCAGUCUGAGAAGAGUCACUUGUCAUGGUAGGGUAACCAUAGGUUGUAUAAUUAAUGGGCGUAGGGUUGUUGUUUUUUUAUUUUUUUCAAGCAGAGUUUAAGGGCCCAUUGGCAGCCGUUACCAUAUUAUUACUGCUGAUUCUACCUAACUUUUGGUUUGGCGAGCCUUUAGCUUCCACACAAACAGCAACAGAGUACUGGCCAGACAGCCAAGUCAGCUGUGCCUCUAAUUCAUUAAUCUAUCGCCUUAAUGUCUUUAAAACAAGCGACAAGUGUUACAGAAAAUUCACUCUCAGUAUGGUGGCUGCUGUGAGGGCUAUUUGGCUAUUUAGACAAAAAAAGUGUUUUGAACCAGGCUAUGAAUGUGUUAGCUUUUACUUUAAAAAGUACUGUCUACUUACAAAAUUAAUCUCAUCCUGCUGACUUCGACUGUCAAAUCUAUCAUUCCCUGUGAAUAUUUUACGUUUUUUAGCUGCUUAGUUGACACAUGCCUCUUUGUCCCACUGCCAGGCAUUCAAAAUUUAAUUAUAAAAAUGAUCAACCUCAUCAGUGAUGGCCUUGUUUGCUUUUGUAUAUUUUGGAUGUCAGUGUGUUUCAUAAAUAUGACAAACUCCUCACAAAAUUUUCAAAUUAAAAAAAUCAUCUCUAGCAUGGAAUUUUGUGUUGAGUAGUUUGUGUUUCAUAGCCAGGUUAGAAGCAGUAAUGUUUAGCGGACAGGUUGUUAUCCUGACAUGGAGCAAACACAAAAUUAUAGCAUGAAAAUCUCAUUUGUUAAUACAGUGACUAUAAACUAUGAAAUUUUCACAAUUUCUAUGUGAUAUACUGAUAAGUGAUUUACAUACAUGAAAAAUAUCACAAUAAAAUAUUCCUCCGGCUGAUAUAUCACACAAAAAAUAAGACUGUCAGGUGCAGAUGCAUUUUUCAAGAGAACAGGAAUCUGCCCCGUGCAUGCAUAACAGUAAAUCUUUUGCACAAGGAGGUGAUUCAAAUGAGACUAAUACACUUACUGAAAAAAUUACAGCCAAACAUCUUUGUCAUAUAAAUCAAAGAUCCAACUCCACUGAUUAUGGAGCGCUAAAACCACAGUCUAAUUUAGAUUUGUGAUCAUUUUACGCUCUAAUUCAAAGAAUCUUGAUUGACCUGUGCCUCAACUUGCGAAACAUGAAGGCAGCUUUCUGACAAACCGCUCCAAACAACACAGAAAUGAUUGGUUUCCUCUAAAAACAUAGAUUCAGAUCACAGAUCUACUCCCAAUACCCUGAUGCAGCUUGACAAGAUAUGCCUGAGACUUACCCAGAGGGUCCACUGCACCAUCUGAAGGAUAUACACUCAAACACCUUUCCUGGAAAUCAAUGGCGUGCAUGAUUGAUGUGCUUAAUGUUAAGGAAGAGAGAGUUGCCAUACAUCAGGUUUUCUCACAGCGGGUCUGUUCUUGUUCAAUAAUCCGAUCAUGGGGCUCAGACUCUGAUGCAAGCAGGAAACAAACAUCUCCAGAGAUGAUUUGUGAGGGAAAAAGAAAGAUAGAUGGAGAAGAAGACAGCUGUGGGUUGAUGGAGAGAAAUAAGCAAAAGCGAGCAGAAAUUAAACCGACUUCCCUCGAGGAAGUUUUCCCUUUACAGUUGAGAGAGGUAGAACUAAAAUGAACAAAUUAAUAAAUAAAGGGUGGCUUUUGUCAGGGGCUUUUUGACAUCCCCUAACAGUUGGGAGUCGCGCAGAGACGAGUGAUGCUCGUUAACUCUGACCCAAAUCAUAAGAGACACUGGGAGCUGUUAAAACACAGAGCAGAUUGGAGAGUCUGGGUGACCUAGAUAGCAUUGGUUUUGACAAGCAGCCGUACAUCACAUUAAAUCGCUCUUGCGUCUAAUACAAUGAGGCAUAUCGUCUUCGUCGGUAAUGAAAAUUACAUCGUGAUAAGGCUCUUUGUGACAUGGAAAAUACCUUUCCCAUUGCUGCCUCUCCACGGCUCCUUCAAGAGUAGUGCUUCUGUGGAGAUGGCUCCUGUGUGUGCAGACCUGGGAAACUCUAUCUGCCUUGUGAGCGCACACGAGGGGUGACACAUGGUCUAGACAGCUGUGCCGAACGAGAGCCGGUGGUGAUGAGGCGACUGUAAAGAGCUGUUGUUCAAGGAAAUGAAAUGAGUCUCAACUUCACAGUUCAUUGUGGAAUAAUGGGAGGGUUGAAGGACAAGUCUACGAGAGGAGGAGGAGGCUGGAGGGAAACUAUUUCAUGGAUCAAUUUCUUUUGUAUAAGCAGUAAUGCUCAUAGAUAUAAUGCAUCUGUUUAAAAGAGAACUGUCCACCAGGAAGAGCUGCUUAACCACAAGUGCAAAAGAGAAACUGCAUUUAACAUUUAGAUCAAGUGUUCUAUCACCGUAUAGCCCAUUUGUGACCCCAGUGCUUCAUAGUUGAUCGUACAAAUUUUGUAUUUAAAUUUUGAUUUAUCACUGGUAAAACAGUAUGGACGGACAUGUUGGAUUGCAGAAACCCUUGAAAAACCAAUCCCUUUGCGUUUAAAUUGUGCCGUAACAUCACUUUGGUUUUUCCACCCAGGUUUUCUCAAGUUAAUACAACAGCAACCAACAGAGGAUUGUUGAGAAGAAUGCCAUCCAUGGAGCUCAAAAAUACAAAAAAAAAAAAGUUAAAAUAUUCAACAUGACAUCUUUAUCUGCAGACAGUGUCCCACUUACUGUGGAUAAUCCACAAUCCCUAUUAAAUAGCUUUCUUGGGACCAUAAAGUAGUUCCAGUAAAAACUGCUCUCAUGAUGGUCUGUGGAUUAUCCAGAUUUAAUAAGGACACUGCUUUUGUAAAGUUAUAUUGCUGUUCACUUUGGGGAAGUCUUGUAAUUUUAUAUACCUCUGCUCUGUCAUUGGCUCAGGAUGGCUACUCAAAAAUGCAACUGGAGAUAAAUGCACAAGGUUUGAAAAAAUUACAAUAAAAACUGAGGCUUUGUUGAGAUCUUGGAUCUGUCACAGGCCAGUCUGAAGCUAACGUUCAUACAUUUGGUAUUCUGGCUGUUUUAUCUCUGUGUGAACUAAGCAGGGAGAACAAAAGCUGUUGAUUAAGCCAUUAAUAAAUUUCCUUAGAUUCGGUCUGGGCUCAGGGACACUUGACCCCAAACUUGGGUUCAUUUGCACAGUAUGAACAGUCAUCGAGCUAUUGUAGGGCCCAGUCCACCUGAAAAGGUGGUCUAGAGCAAGAUUUAUUUGUGUUUGGGGAAAGUGUUAAUGCAGUAGUGCUCAUAAAAGCAAGCUGGCUGCUAUAACUGUCUGACUCUGACACUCCAAGAAAAUGUUGUAUCCAUGCAGUACGGGUGUAUUUCAUCUCCUGAGCUCUGGAGUACAUGUUGAAAUAGGAAGGUCAGUAGAGGGUUGUUGUAGAAAUCUAAUGAUAAAAACAUCCACAACAGCAGGAUGGACUCUAUUGUACAGAGCACAAACUAAUGCCACACAGUUGAUCAUGUGCGUAGCAGCCAAUAAAGCUAAUUUCUGUCCUUGUCUUUGCAAAUUUGCAAGCCAGAAUACAUUCAUACCCAAACCCAUUGUACUGGACUGUGUACGUAUGUGAGGUACUGAUUUUUGAGAAAUGGAACAAAACCUUUCCAGCAGUUGUAACUGGCUGUGUUAUGCUAUCAAAAAGAUGAGCCUAUUUCUGCUGAUAACUGGUCACAAAAAUAACAAUCGUUCCUUUUGUUCGUCUUGUUCUCAGAUUCAGUUUCAGAAGAAAACUGAGAAAAAUCUUAAACUUAAUGAAUAAUGACCCUGAAAUCACACUCAUAUCCUCACACUCACCUCUCACAAUGUCACACAAUGUCACACGGGGUAUCGUGUGCCUGGUGCUCCAUGUGCUGCAGCUCUUUUCAGGCCGGGCGAGGCUGAAGGCCUCUUUCUCCAACAAUGGCCCAUCACCAUGCCAACAGAAGCGGUGCCAGCCGCUGUGCCAGCUUGGCACGGCCCUAGUGUUAGCAGUGGAUGAUUCAAGGGCAUUAAAGCACAAUGUGUGGGGGUUCCAGUUUAUGGACACUUGUGCCAGGCUUUCCACCAGAGUUUGCUUUGAAACAGCCUGUCAUUAACUGCUCUCUGCUGCUUCCCCUCCUCUUGUGCUGUCGGCCUGAGCUGGAAGCAUCUACCAUCCAUCUCCUGAAAAUGCACUUUGCAUUAACAGAUGCAUUGGUCAUGCUUUAAUGUUCUACAUUUACUCACAAGCUGUACGUAUAACGAGAGAUAUUUCACCACAGGUCUCCUUCGAGGGUGGGCACUGAACAGCACUGCUGCACUCAUUAAGGAUUGAUGAUCUAGAAGACUUAAUAACAUCUUUGUUGAUUUGUUGAAUUUGUGCCUGCUAUUUUGUAUCUUAGAUUAACAUUGUAAUGAGCGCUCUAAGGGUAUGUGUUUGUCAUUUUAAUUCUCCACCACCCCCUGUUUAAUAUUGACUGUCAUACCUGUCUCUAUCUUCACCCUGUAGUGCUCGGAGUGAGUGACUGUGAUGGGCUGUCGGACUGCAUCUGAAGUGCUCUCCCAAAGAAUAAUAUCCACUCCUGACCUACUCUGAAGAACAAUAUUUCAUUCAAUCAAUGCUGAGGUCUCCCUCGGGGGGAAUUACUGCAAAGUAACAGGCGGACACUCGGAAAAGAGCAACAGUGGACCAUGUGAUACUUGACCUUCAUGGAGAGAACCCAGGUACACUCCAGAAGAUGUCAAACCUGAUCUGACGCUGCUCUCAAGAGGAUCUCCCGGCUCAUAAUUCGAUCAUCUUUUCACGUGUUCUUUGAUGCAAUACUUGAACACCAUGGGCCUGAAGUGACGGAGCAAAGUUAGCAGUGCUGGAUCUUCAUUUCUUGAGGAGUACCAGACAUCUCAUUAUGGAUUCCAACGAGAUUUUCUCCACCUGAGAGCAACAGUAAGAAGGACCGGAGUGGUGGGAAUCGGACACUGGGAGUUGGGAGGAUUAGCUUGCGUGCUGCUUACCCAUGGUGGAUCUGCUGUGAGCAGGACGAGGGACUCAGCAGUGGAGGAUGUCAGCGGAGGCCGAGAUCCAGCCGGGUGUGAAAACCAGCCAGCGAAGGGAGUCUAGGAGGAUCAAAGGUAAGUCCGAUUCUGUUGAUGAAGCUGUUUCUAUGAUCCUGUUGAGCAGAUAUGUACAUGCAGAGUGUAAGGCUUGUGAUGUAUGUUAGACAUGUGGAUUGUGAUAAAUGCUCACAACAGAGGACAACGUAGAAAAAUUGUAGCUGUGACCCUAUAGUCAUGUUUGGAUGGGGCUAAAAAACACUGAACUAAAUAGGGAGAUAAAAAUCCUUCAUUGAUGAUGCUGUAUUGUCAGAUUAUGAAGGAUCUUUCCUGUGAUUGGUGAAGCGACAUUUAGAAAAGUAAGAAGGAAAUAAAAGAUUCAAAGACACAUAAUAUUCAUAUGAAGGAGCACGGGAUUCAAGGCUCUUUGACAUACUCUCAAUCUAGGACGAGGCUCCAUAUUUAGCUUUAGGAUUCACUCAUGUACAAAAAGCUUCACUCAGACUUCCUUAGAUCAGGAAACUCCUAUCACAGGUUUAAUGGGAAUAACUUGUAUUCCCUGUGUAGAACAUGGUAAGGGAUAGUGAAAAUGCUUUUCACUAACAGUCCCAGACUGUAGUGUUACAUCUCUGUUCAGUUCAGUGUGUGUUGUGGGGGUACAGGGUUAAGUAGUCCCGCCCCUGAGCCAGUAGCAGGAGUAAUAGCAGCAUAACAGAGGCGAAACAGCAUCUGUGUAAACAACAGAGUUGAUGGGACAAAACACAGCUUUGUAUGUUUAUGUGAUGUCACACUAUUUCCUGCGAUGCAAAAUCUUUUCUUGUCCUGCAAAACCACAACCCUGUGUAAAAUCACACAUUGGUACACUAGUGAGGCUGUGAAAGAAUGAAUGAAUAAAAAAGAGAACAUUCAUGAAGGCUUAUUUAUGCUUCUUUAUGUAUGAAAACACAAGCCAUGUGAUAGCAGCUUAGUUGAAUUGAGACUCAGCAUCCUUUUCUGUGUACGGUUACCGCCUCAUUGUGAUGCACGUGCACUGAAAGAGUAGACUCAAAAAAGUAAACACUCCAUGUUCCUGUUAGUACAGCAGGUCAUAUGAGUGGUCACAAUAUUUACAAGUACCAGGAGGAGUGGGAAAACACUUUAUGGAAAUCCAUAUUGCUUAACUUAUUAUUUGCUACUUAAGGUAUCUGGGAUGACAGCAGCAUAGUAUGACUGUUCGCACUUUACAGUCAUGUGACACAAAUAAAGAAAUAAAGCAUCCAGUGAUAUGACUGACUGUAGAUGAGCUGUGAUGUUUAUAUGAUUUAUCAUUCAGCCCUCGGUUUGAGUGAUGUAACUGUCACUAUGUUCACCCACUCCCACACAUCCUUUACAUUGAAUGGAUAUAACACAAUGCAUCUACUAGAGGUUGUUUGAACAAACCGGUCUUGCAAGGAUCUCCACUUCUUUUACACUGGUGUCUGACUGACAUCAAUUCUUUUUUUAUUUCCACCUAACAGUUUUGUUGUAGAUAUGUGGUGUCUGCCUGGUAAGGUAACAUCACAUUUUGUUUUAUAAUUUUUAUCCAAAUGGCUUGACUCCCCUCUAAAAAUUUACCAUUUUCUAAACAAUUUUUCUUUAUUGUGUUUUGCUGGUGUGGCUUAAACUGUCAGCUGCACUGCCACUCUGCUCCCAUGAAUCCUGGAAUCCUAUAUGCUUCAAUGCAGAAAACGCGAUAACAUAAAGUAUGGACAGAAACUCGGUCCAUACCUGUGUCAGACACAGAGCAUAGAUGAGCCUGUAAAGCUUUUAUGGUAACAUGAGUGGUUGGUCUACAGUCUCUAAACAGCUUUUUAAUUGUUUAAAUAUAUUUUACUUUCUUUUUCAGACAAACUCAAUGUGGUUUUCCCAAGCAUAAAGGAGCAAAUUCUCCACUACUACACCUUGGUUUUUCCAAGACGAUGUACCUGCUUGAUUUUUGUGUAGUUUUCCUCUUCACGUUCACAUAAACUUCCAGCUUUAUCGAGGGUCUGUGAGUAUUCACGACUCAAAAGUGACAUGGGUAUGUAUAUAAACUGCGCACACAGAAUGAGAAGUAGCAGUCCUAUAACAAAUGCAGGCUGUGAACUUAACCUUUAGUCAUGUUUGCGUUGAGCUAAAUAACGCUGGACUACACUGAGAGACGCUCCACUCAGUCAAGUCUACAGAGAGGCUUCCCGCCUCGUUCCGUGGAUCCAGAUGUAGAAACAGCUAUUCUGUGUAGCCUGAGGGUUUUGGUAGUGGCAUGAUUUAGGUGUCAUGGACAUGGUAAUUCACACCCUGUCGCUUUGAUGAAAAGCACAAGUGAUGUAACAGGAUGAGGCAUUCUCCGAACAUUCACUGGGAGAUUGAAACGGGAUUGAAUUGGUUGAUAGAAGGAAAAAGGAGCAUAUAGAGGUAGAAAGAGUGAGAUUAAUUUGGAGGAGGAAAGAACUAAAGUCGAGGCUGCUUCCCUGUUGCCUCUUUUCCCUUAUUUCUCCGUCCAUGAAUAAAGCCACUCUAGCUAGUCUAGUAAAUCCUGAUCUGUGGGCCGCGGGGCCAGGUCCUCUGUGGCUGUUUCACUGGCCCUGUCGGUGCGGUCAGAUAAAUGGGCAGGCUGGAGGAGCGCCCAUUGAUUUGAGUUAAGUGGGGAGGGGAGGGGAGAGCGCUGCAAGGGGGCUAUUACACACGUGGCCAUGCAGCUCAUUGGAGGGGGGGCUAUCAGCUGAGGCCAUCAGCUCCUGACUUUAGCAUGUUAAUCACAUGUGCUGCAGGGACCAUUGUCACAACCAGCAAAGAUGCUAUUUAGAUCCAUAUAAAUGGAAAUGUGGCAAACUUAAUGCAUGCAGCUAUCACUCAGCAGCCAGUGGUGGUUGGGAAGCAGGUGAAGGACAGAGCAGGUUCAAGUCUGUGAAUCUAUCUCUAGGUUCUACUGUGCUAUUGCAGCGACAGUACGUUCUUCACACAAAACAUGAUCCCAAGUAGGGAUGGGCGAUACGGGCUAAAAAAUUUAUCACAGUAAGAUUUGCCAUUCUGGUGAUAAUGAUAAAAGUCGCGAUAAAAAAUAUUAUUAUUCCAGUCUAUAUUUUUGACUAAUUUUGUCAUGAGACACCCACAAGCAUUGUUCUUGGAUGGCACUUACCAGUUGGAGUGGUCAAAUAAGAUACUUAACCACAAGUUUGUGUGGUAUGUUAUGAGAAAACUAAUGACAUCAAACAAGUCUCAAAUGUAAAAACAUUUUCAACAUUUGUUGAAAACUCUUAUUGCACAGAGUGAACAGCAGCAGAUCCACUGUCCGAUGUCAGGCAGACCUGAUUGUGCUCAUCUAAGCCCCAAUCUUGAAGGAAAUCCCUCAUGUGGAGCCUCGUCUAGUAAUGAGCUGCUCAAAAAUGUCUUCUUCAUUACUUUUGGCCACGUUUGUUUGUUAUUCUGCUCAGUAUGGACUAUGUCUGCGAGUCCAUCACUCACGCUUACGUCACUAACUUGCAUUUAUCGUAUUUAUCAUGGGAUGGCAAAUAUUUAUCAUGGAGGAUUGAACAUCCAGUUCACCGAAGCCAAACCUCAACAUUUACCAAAAGUAUGUAAAUAGUUGUCCAUGUUACAUGUUUGCCCAGAAGUUUAAUUUGUCCACACAAGUAGAGCUAGAAAAUGAUGUGUUCAUGAGACAAGUAAUGGGUCACGUACUUUAACGAAAUUGCUGACCAUCUCCAGAGUAGACCUUAGUUAAUGGUUCAGUCUUCCCCUGCUCAGUGUCCUCACAUCAGCCUUAUCCGUUCCCUCUGCAGAAUGGAUUCACAACAUUUAUACUGCCUUUAUAAAGUCUAUCCCACUACACUUGAAUGAUAAAUAUAGGCCUACAAAUCUCCAACAUCUCCCUGGGAACAUUAAGUGACCAAAUCUCAUCUAAUCAAAAGUCUCUCUCACCUCUGUGCUCAAUUGGUGACUACUAUACCUGAUGUAUUGGCAAUGUGAGCGUAUUUUUCUAAGUAAACAGAAUUAACCCCCAGUUUUGGUCUUUUGAUAAUAAAGAAAUUGAGUGCAGUCACAGUCUUACUCUUGAUGCAUGCACUGCUGAUUUUCUGGUAAUUCACCGAGAGAUUGGAUUCCUUAUCGUACAUUUAGGGUGAUCCUGCCCACACCAUCUAACGUUAAGUUUUUAAGGUGUCAUAGCUCUCUUGACUUCUUUUUAAAAACAUGUGGAAAAUCAAAUCUAACUGCAGCAAACUCAGCCUGCCACAGUAAAGCCAAAGCUCCCCUCUAUCCAUCAACAGGAUUGCUUUACAUGCAUGACUUUACUCUAUCUCCAUAGCAACUGUUGCUCUCCCACUGUAAUCUGUGCACAAAAAAAUUAUUCAUUUCAAAAAGAGAGACAAGGAGUAGAGGACAGAAAGACACUGGAAGAGAGCGAGAGAAGGACGCAGAGGCAGAAAGCAGGCACAGAAAGAGGCAGGGAAGCAAACAGAAGAUUAAAUCACCAGUCAGCUUUCAUACUGCACGGAUGACAUUGGAGCGAUUGUAAAAGACAGUGCAAAUACUCACAAUUUUACCCUUCUCAAACAGCGUUUCCAUUUUCUGACCAUAUUAUUUGCUGUUGUGCCUAUUAAACUCUGCAAUGCACUGCCUGAACACUAAAAUGUGAUAAUAGCACUGCAGAGCCUCCACCUAGAGAAUGAUCCCCCUGUUAUCAUCAGUCUGCAAACAUCAAUACCUGGAUGCAUGUAACUCUGCAGCAGUUCAGUGAUCUGUCCUCAGCCUUGACGAUGUGAACAGUGCUGAUCAUUAGUCUGUAACAGCUUAAAGGGGUGGUGUUAUGCUUUGCCACAUUUACAACAAAAACUGCAAAGUUACAAUGUCUGGUGUCUAGAUGUAUGCAAAGUUUCAAAUCAGAAAGCAAACAUAUAUUGUCGUAAUCCUAAAAAAAAACAGAGUAAUCCAAGAAAAGAAAACAAAUGAAAACUGCUCAAAACAGGACGUAGAAACAGCAAGACUCACUAGAAUGUUUCAUCGCAAUAGGCUCUCACUAGGUCAUCUGUGCUCCCGGCAAAGCAGAACAACCUGUCUCAACAGUGUGGGAGGUGACAACGAUGGCAAAGCGGGGUAAUGCUCAUAGACUGUAUAUAGAAUGGACGUCAUCUGCCUCCUCUCUGGGUGACGCCAAUGCAAGGACAGCACCCUCCAGUGACGGGCUGCAGUAUAGGUCAUAAAUCCCCCCCCUCUAACAAUCCCUAUGGAGCUGUGAACAAUUAAUUACACAGAAUAUAAAUCUUUCUCCCCCCUGCUUGUGAUGUUGACAUGUAGUUAUUGUAAGACUGGUUUGUGCUCAAGUUCUCUUUUUUCUGUACAGCGCAAUUUUUAAAAGUUAUUAGGGGGUUCAUGUUUUCUAUGAUUGACACUUGAUACAGAUACAUACGAAGAUUGUGUAGCUCACCCAGGGGAUAUGCAGUUACACAGCGACUUUUGGCGACUCUCCCACCGAAUGCGUACAACGCUACUGUGCAAUGUUGGUUUCAGGAAGUGGAGAAGAAAAAAAAAAAAAACAGAGCUUCUCGGCUUCAAAUCUGUAUACUGGCAGAAGGCGAAACCAAGUUGUCCAUAGUAUAACAGUCUAUGGUAACGCUGCUCUGCUGAACACAAAAAGGGGGCGGGGCCAGAACAGCUUCCGUAGCGAGACAGCAGUUAAAACGAUGCAUUUCAGACAGAGGCUGAAAUAGUGAUAUUUUAAUACACCAAAGUGAGAAACAGUAGGCUCUUUUGAUCUGAAAAUCAUGUAAAGCUAUUAAAGAGGAAUCAGAGAGGAAGUAUAGAUCCCUUUAAUGAUCAGUCAUUAAAGCAAAAUUUUCAUCUGUUGCUCUGUGCCAAAGUCAGAUAGAGAAAUUCCAGCAUCAUUAAAGACCUGACAGAGAUUUGAGUGUUCAAUAACUCCUAUAUUAGAUUUUGUUAAAUUUCUCUCACUGUUCCUCCUCUACUCUGCUAAUCUGGUGCACAAAGUGCCGCAAGAGCUGCAUAUGUCAACACAGCUGUGAGUCAUGGCAUAAAACCCAACUAUUAGCAUCAAAUAACUAAUUAAACUUUCCAGAAAUGAAAUAUUUGGGCAUAAAUCAGCUUAAAAGUAAGUAAUUGCAAAGACAGAAACUAUAACCAAAAGUUUCUUUGAUGUUUAGCUUGAUUUAAAGCCGAACUUCUGUCCUAUCUAUGACAGAGUUAUCAGGGCCAAAUUAAAGAGGGAAAAUAGAUGACUUUGAGAAAAAAAAAAUGUAAAUUGUAGUUGAUGAUCAGCCUGUGUGUUAUUGUGAAAGGGAAUAUUGUCAGAGCAGCCAGCUGCCUGCACAAAAAUGAGGACUAUGAAGCAUCUUGUGAAGUCUAACUUGAAUAUAGGAUCCACAAAUAACCAUCUGUAAUACUCAGCCUUUUGCUUUAACUUUACUUCACAGUGCUGUGCUGUUUUGUCAAAUGAUUGUGUUUUGUUAUUUAAGAGGUCCAUCCAAUCCAGUGGUCCCCUUUGGAAAAAAAAAGAUGUAGGCCAACGGCAGACUUCGAUCAAAUAUUUAUUUUUAGAAUGUUACCACUUCAUUUUUGUAAAUUUAAGGCUUUGUUCUUAAAUUUGAAACUUUAUUUUCUGGUAAAAUACCUUAUUCAUGUCAUGUAAUUUAUUGUUGUACAGUCUAUGGUCCACCCCAGAACCUCUGAAAAAUUACACAACAGCACUACAACACACAACAGUUCCACCAUUACUGUGGCUAUUUACUUACACAUUGCACCUGAAAUGACAUAAUAUUGUUGUCCCAGAGUGUGAUAGCACAUUGUAAACUCACAUUAAAAGCAGGAUAUACUACCACUCAGACAUGUUCAUACACACUGCGCUAGUCCUCGCUGCUGGUUUAGAUGCCACACAUUGCCACCUUCUGUUCUGCCUUUUGUUACUACCCGGGGAGGAUCAGAGGCGGAAUGACUUUGCCUCUUUAUUAUCCUUCUGUGUGAUUGAGACAAGGUGUAGGUAGGUAUAAAUAUUCAGCCUUGAAAUGACAGUAUGUUAGCGCCAUAUGGCUGUCCUUUCUGUUAAAGGUGAGAUUGUUGGAAUCAACCCACAGUAGCUUUUGUGGCAUUUCAAUUCUGCUCAUCUUAAUGCCAGGACUUCUCCAGAGGAACAUUUUGGGUCUUUCAAUAGUUAUGCAUGGAAGAUUUAUAUAUAGCAUCUUUGUUUUGCUCUAAUUUAAAUAAGAAAAGUCCCCCACACAGAUAUGUAAUCUCUGUAUUCACUGCAUACAAAUGCAGAACGUGUAGGCAUGUUGACAAAUAAAGCACAUCAUUUCUGGGGACUUACACAUUCUUAUUUGUAUGAAUAAUCCCAGUAGUAUUCCCCAUUGGAGUUAAUGGGCUUUGUCUGCCUUAAAAACAGUCUGGGAAGAGCGCAAACAAAGAAGAACAUAUCAUCUGUAAUACUGGCAACCACCGAUGUUCACCUCAAGAUAAUUUAGCUCUUUAGAAAUCUCAUAAUCAGACAUCUGCAGGCAAGUGAAGCUCAAUAUUUGUGUUUUCUUAAUCCCUUAUGCCCUGCUCUCACUUCUCAAGACAUUGGAAGCUGAAAUAAUCAGCAUUUGGAGAUCAUUUUUUUCCCUCUCCAGCAGAAGUCAGUGCUCCAUUUCGGUCACUCUAGGUCAAGAAGAGUCUAGACCUGCCCCUGCCUGACCAGAGAACACACGCUGUUACCAAUGUUUAUAAGUGUGUAUCUGCGUGUUUGCUGAGGCUUAUGGAAAUUGUUUUUUUGCACAUGGGGGAGGCAGAUGGCGAAGACAGAUUUGCCUUCCUCUGACAUCUAUUCUCUUUACUGCUGCCGUAAGUCAUCACCCCCCCUGUGCUGAGAGGACGUACCUAUCGUUUUCAUUACAAAUGUCCUGUGAAGAGAUGCACAAAAUAAUAGUUAACAUUACACGCUGCAUAGGGGGGGAAAUCAUAACUGCAUGCAUUGGUGAAACUGUCAUUAUAGUGUAAUAAGCUCUACGAGUGGCCCACCAGCAGGCAGGGACAUCAUCGGAAAGAGACAGUCGGACAUAGAUACACACUCAGAGAGGUUCAAAGGUUAAGCUGCCUUGAUGCCCGGAUCCCCAACAAAAAGUUUCCUGUUGCCAAGUCCUUAUAUCUGGAGGGGCACUUCUGACUCUCCAUCUGUUGCCAUCUGUGCUUUCGCUGUCCCCAUUCUGGUGUGGCAAGGAGGAGGAAGCGACACAGUGAUCAGAGACAAGCCCUGAAACAGUAUGGAGCAGGGCGAACAGUAAUUGUUCUCUCCAUGGUCCUGGUUCAGGGCCUGGCUGUCAGGUUUUGAUUGUAGUAUUUGAUAAGAAUCUCUAUGAGAUCUUCUUCUGAAGAUUUGGCAACUGAAUGGCAUUGAGGUCUUUAUUAGACUGGUAGAUACUGAAGGUAACUGGUUCUGAGUUGAUCUGACAGUACUGCCAGUAUCAGUAUUGUUUUAUGAUGAGCCAACACACUAUAUAGAAGAUACAGUCUGGAUACACUGAAAUUUAUCUGUGAGUGCAGUAAUCUGAUAAUAGGGUUGUAUUAUUUGGUAAAGAACUGAUAUCAUGGUUUUUGUUUUUUUGUUUUUUUGCAAAAUAAAAAGAAAUGCCUUUUUGCAUUUUUCUAUUUCCUGCUUUCAAAUCAAAUCCCAGUCCUAUACCACCGUGUGUCCAGCCCUCAGACAGCAGCUCUGACAUGUGCUUGAAGAUUUAAAAAGGCAGGAAGUGUUGGAGCACCUAUUCAUGAACUUUAAACCAAAAUAGAGUUUCGUUUAUCAUCACUCUAUUUCGGUAAACACAAUUUUGGUGCCAAGCUAAGGUUCAUUUAGGCUUGAAAAAUAUCAGCCAGCAUUUAUCUAUAAUGUCAUGUUUUUUCCAUUUUGGAGGGGCACAAAGCAGUUAAUUUUCAGCAGUGUUUCCCACAGACUUAAGAUUUACCAGGGUGGUUCAGAGCUCAGUUAUUAGCGGUGUCUACAUAUUUUGAAUUACGUAUUUUGAAAAAGGUGAGCUGUAUGUUAGGGAGGUAUCUUGUUCAUAGCAGAGCUAGGCAAAAUGAUCCAAAACACAGAUAGUACUUAAACAUUGGCAGAAACCAGCUGCAGAAAGUUAAUAAAACAACACAACAAAAAGGUACAAGCAUUUCUACCUACUGGGAAUAUUGGUAAAACUCUUGGGCUAUACACUCAUGGGUUCAAACCGAAAAGCCUUCCAUCCCAGACCAUCAGGACCCAGGCAUGUUGUCCACUGGUACAAUCCACUUUAAUGCUCGCUAGCAUCAGACAAGACUUGAGUAAGCCCUGUGUCAGACAAAUUAUAUCCAUCUAACUUGAGUCUUUUUAUGGAUAAUAGAUGGUAGUCAAAUUUGAUUUUAGGCCCUUUGAAGUCCAGCGAGUUGAAUCAAAUCUGUUUUUUGAAGAUUUGGCAAUUUUGUAGCACUCAAGUUGUCCUCAGACGAGGAAUAUUCAGAGCAAAACAAACAAGUUUAACCCUGGAUGCUUUCACCUUAGACCACCAGGACUCUGAAAAGGCAGGUGUAUUGUCUGAUAUGUAGCCGACCCAUAAAAAUGGAAGACAAGGCUUUGGGUAGCCCUCUGUAAAACACGCUAACAGCAUCAGUCUUAUGGGACCAGAAUUAUUGUGAGGACCGUUCAACCUUGGAUAGCUGUAAAUCCAAAACGCCAGAGGAAUAAGUGUCACCCCCCCACACACACACACACACACACACACACACACCUUCUCCUACUCUCCUCAUCCUCUCUUACAGUGUGUAACAACAUGAAACAGUGUGCCCUGCAGCUCUUUAGUUUUCAAAUACAGCACACUCGCUUGCCUCCAUCGGAACCCAGAGCACGUAGCGCACGAGUUAUGCCACUGUGUCAAGACUCUCAUUUGGUAUGCAAGGCCUACUUUUUUUGAGGAUCUGUGCAUAAAGCUCUAAAUCUCUCCUGAAGUGUUAUUAGGGGAAAUGGCACGCUGUAUGUAAAGAAACAAAUGGCACAGAACAUCUGGUUAAAGCUCAUCUGAGAGAGCCGCACUGAAUUGGACCGAUCGUGUUUAAAAUGCAACUGGAGCAGCAUGCAUUUUACAUUACAUUACAGAGUGUAUGAGUCAGUAAAAUCAGGAUGGAAUGCAUAACGCUGUAUGAAAAGACUACAGACGCUGUUUGAGAGAUGGUUUGAAUCAUGCACGACAGUAAUUAUCGUUUGAGUCCACCCUCUUUUGCACAUGCUCAGAAACCUACAGUUCGUCUUUUUAGUGACUUUGCCAUCAAAGGAGGGGUGUUAAUUUCUCCUCAUGGAUGCAAUGUGCAUGUCAGGAAAAGUCUGGUUAAUGUUCAGAGGUACACAGAGGCUGUAUAUAAGACUCAUUAUCCUCUGGCAGAGAAACAAGUCUGAAUUAGACCCAGAUUUGACAUUCACUUGCUUAGAGACUCUAAUGACUUUAGCAUCGUCAAGCCCUCCCUCCCCCUUUAGAGAAUUGUGCCCUCAUGAAUUAGUGAGAGGGUGUGCGUAGCCAAGACAAGUGCUCGCAUUUGAACUGCUGAUUUUACUCUGGAAAAUUGCAGAGAUGAAAGAAGAGAGAAGAAUUAUAUUCUUAUUUUUCUGGGAAGAUGUAGUACAGAUGUCAGUCACCGUGCGUUUCUCAUUGUAAUAUGGUUGUUUUGGUGCCUUGUUGUGGUGUCUGAGUGCAUCUUGACAGUCUUUUUAAGGGAUGCUAAACAUUGUUCUCUCCCUGCACAAAUGCUAGACGUGAACCGAUGCACUGUGCAGGCUCAUGACCUAGAAUCCAGUGAGCAAGGAGACUGAAAACUGCUAAAUUCUCCAAGGUGCCAGUGACCUUGAUUUUGCAAUCCUGCUAUCUCUUCGUGUAAAUGCGAUGGGAGUCUGUGUUCGGUGGCUGACAAAUCCCGUACAGGUUACAAGGGGAUGUUUUAUACAUUGUAAGACACAUAAGACAGUGCUUCAGGCUCACAACCUCAUAAUAUAAAAGUAUGACUGAAGACGCCGCUGAGACAAAAAUGAGAGAGGUGUCUGUGUCAAGGUGGUGUCAGGACAGCCACAUGGAUUGACAGACUGAAUAAUCUGUAACAGGGGUGGGUGGGAGGGAAGGGAGGGGAUGACAUUAUAAAGCCUGAGGCCAUCCAGACACACAUUUGCAAAUGUCUCACACCGCCAUCCCACCACCCACCUAACAUCUAUCACCCAGGGAGGGCCUGGUGGAUUAUGGGUGAGCAGUGGACCGAAAUGAUUCCCUUCAAUAGUUGCCAUUCAAGCUGGUUUGUCACCCCCCCAAUAGCACCCAUGGGAACAACGGACAUGGGUGAGACAUAGGAAUGAGAGCACCCCACUCAGCCACCUUGUAACCCCUUCACCCUAGCUUCUGUGUAGAUGACCCACAAUGCCCUGCAAACGACGAUGACAGAGUGUUCUCAAUGUUCCAGUUAUUUUCUCAUUUACUUCGCUGGCUUUAUCCAACUUCAUUUCCAAUUUCGAGUUCAAUUUUCUUUCCAUCUUGCUCGCUGCUGCUAAUUUGCUAUUCAUUCUGCAUUUCCUAUUCCAUAAAUAUUUAUACGAGAGCAGCCGACUCCCACACACAUGCACACAAUUGCACGCACACACACACACAUACACCCACACACACACACACACACAAAGUAGCCUCUUUACCUCCAGCAGGGCAUGAUGCUAAAGUUGUACGAUUCAGUAGAGCUCACACAUCCUUGUUUCCUGUAAUCACUCUCUGUUCCAGUUUCUCCUCUUUAUUUCUUGUCCUCACUUUGCUCCCCGUCUCUCCCGCCGCAGGUCAGGACCGCAGUGAGGCGGGGCUUAUUAAGCGUUUCCGUGGAGAUGGCGUGCGCUACAAGGCCAAGCUGAUCGGGAUUGAUGAGGUGACAGCAGCGCGUGGGGACAAGCUGUGCCAGGACUCCAUGAUGAAGCUGAAGGUGCAGACUGCUGUGUGUCUUUGUGUCUAUAUGUGUGUGUGUGUGUGUGUGUGUGUGUGUGUGUGUGCAUGUGGGGGGACAUGGUGGAGCCUCUUCACUCAUCUCAGGCAGAUUUGGAGACGGCAUGCUCGGGCAUGUCUGUAUUGUCUGUUGAAUGAGUCACAGGAACUGUCUUGUCCUGUAAAUGAGUCACUGGGGUUUCUGUAAAGAACUGACCAGACAGGAAAAAUAAAAGUCCAACUUUAUUAUCCCUCACCUCUUUGUCAUUCUGAAAGGCUACCAUAAGGUUACUUUUAUAUUCUUUUCGCAAAAUGGUUCCUGCUUUGCUCCGUAUUUCCCUCCCUCUAAUAGGCUGCCAUAUUUUCACUGUUGCUCAAAGCUCUCUGCAUUUAUUCAUACAGAUUUUCUGACCUUGGAGGCAAACUGGCUUCCUUUUCAGAGACUUAAAGUAGAAUGUCACUUAGGAAAUUCUCACUUUUAGCGAACGUCUGUGGAGCACUAACGCUACCCCCAUCCCCCCAAUUUGUCUCCUUUGUAUGUCUUCUCCUGUCAGUCACAGUUUUCUAUUUUUAAAACAGUGUCCACGAUGUUUUACUUGUAGCACAUAUGCAAACUGUGAUAAUGUGACCCAGAUAAUGUUAAAGCCCGUGCUUCUUACAGAAAGCUGCGAGUAAAUUAGGUCAAAUUAAGCCCUAAAGUACGUGACAAAGUCGGAAAGAAGUCUUAAUACUUGUAAGUACGGAUGACACAGUUUAGCAUUUUGUAUUUUAAGCACACUUGAACAUACUGUAAACUCACAAUACUGCUGUUUCUGAACCCCCAAUCAUUUUAUACAUAUGCAGUUAAUAGUAAUAAUGAUAAUAAUAACUUAAUUAAUACAGCACUUUUUAAAACAGAGUUACAAAGUGCCUCACAGCAUAAAAACAGAAUAGAAAUAGAGGAAGAACAAAUAGGAGGAAGACAUCAGUACAAUUUCCAAAACAAUCAGCCAAUAGGAAUGAUUCAGAGUUCAAUAAAAGAUGAAACACCAACAGUGUUCAGAGGCUUAAUUAGGUUUAAAGUAAUUAUGAACACAAUAACAUAAAUAAUAUAACAUGAGUUAAGACUUAAUUUAAAGAUAUGAACAAGACCUAAGUUUAAAGUCCAAUCUAGUAAAAUCACACAGUUUUCCUUUUAUUCUUAAUUUAGUCCAAACUUUCGCAGACAGUUUUGUGAUCGCUUUUAAAGAAAUGUGUUUUUCCUGGUUGUAAAAAUUUGAGUGUGAAGAAAGAAUGCCUCACUAAAAUGUGUUUCUGUAUAAUGGGUUAACUGACACCAGUUAUGGAAAAAAAAUGUUGCCUUGAACUUGAAUUGAAAAAUGCAACAACUCACAUCUUUGGGUCUGAAUAUGAGUCUGAAGGAAUCGUAAAACUGAUUUUAGAAGGGGAAGGCUCGACAAUGUGUCUAGACUGUAAUCUAGAUUGGCUCUGUUAAUGUAAACACUGGUUAACUUUCAUGGCAUGCUAACAGCCAACAGAGGUUCUGUUGAAAUUUGUGUGCACGUUUGAUUCAAGUCUUGAGUCUGCGGUGUUUGAGUUUGAGUCAAGACUGUGUACCCAGGGGAGAAUUUGAGUUGAGUCCAGGUUAAGUCCCCCAUUACCUGAGUGCAGGUCGAAGAUAAGUUCUCAUAAUUAUCAUUUAUAACAAGGAGGGCUUCUGUUCCACUCUCUGGACUGACUGUUUUGGACUUCACACACAUCCUUUACUAACAUUUGAAUCUAACUGGUCCUGUCAGCGUGUCGGGACAUUUAAACGAUUGUGUGUUGUGCAUAAAUGGGGAGACACACUCAUUGAUUUUUCUCUGGGGCUUCACUGCGGGUGUCUAAUGAGUCCAAAAAUAUUUGCAACCCAUCAUCUAUUACUCAGAACAUUAACUAAACAUGUAAAAAGGAGCCUGUCAGACUGAACUAGAUCCUUCCACAUCGCAUCAGGGUCUUUUCUCACCCUUUUGCAUUACUAAUGAAUCAAACAUUUAUACUAUUGUAAAUGUUCUUUUAAUGGUUUUCAUUUGGUUAUGUAACUUACAAUGUACAAGAAGUAGCAUUUACUUCAAAAUAAAAGCAUAGUUUUAGAAUAGAGGAAAUGAGGCAACAUAACACAAAACAGAAAAAAAUAUCAAAAUAAAAGCAUGACAAACAAUCGUUUGAUGAGGUAGCGUUUUCUCUAGAGAAGUGUCAGUUUCACUGAGGCGUAUAAACUGUAAAUUUGAUGAUAAUUAAAAAAUUUUAUGGGUAGAUAAUUGUGAAGUGAAAAUCUAAUAUUGUGACAGUCCUGUUGUAAAUGUCAUUGUUAUGAUUUGACUAUUUAGUUCAAGAUUUAGCCAACAGUCAAUUACCAAACGUUAUAUAACACUGUGAAAUAUUUUACUUCCUUCUCUCUAAAGUUUAUUCUGUAUCCUCUUUAAUGCCAGCAGUAUUUACUGGCUCUAAAGUAUAAAGCAGGAAAUACUUAUCUCUCUCUUUGUUGGAAAAAAAAGCUGCACAUAAGCAUCUUAACAGAGGGUGGCUAUGGGAUAAAUCCCUCUUCAAAAUAGGACGUACUGUAUAUGCGUGGCUUUUUAAAAUAUCGUCUCGCAGACAUUUCUUGAGCUUAAAUGUGUGGGAAGCCCCACCAAGUGAGUAGAAUGGCCGGAAGGCAGAGCCUUUCAUCACCCUUAUCCAGUCCAAAUGGUAUGUCCAAUAAAUAACUUUUUUCACUGCUUGUAUCUGACAUUUCCACCAUGCCCUCCAUAUGACUCCAGUAGUCACCAGCCACCAGCCAGUUACAGUCAAUGGGGCAGUCGAUACCAACCUGCUAUUAUCUGGACAGAGAAAAGAGGAGGGGACGGGGUCUCUAUUGAGCUGCCUCUUGCUGCCUUGAGGACUAAUCCACCAAAUGGAGAAGCCGAUGGCUGAUUGACAACAUCCAUCGACUCUCCCGCCCGCACGCUCCCUUUCUCACUCACUUCAUCUCUUCCUUAUCCCUGUUGCUUCCUCUCCUCCUUAUCCAUCUCAUUUUUCCUCUUCUUUUUCUCAUAUGAACGAACAUUUAUGUGCGCAAAGAUGGAUGGAUUUGAUUUCUUUGACUUCUCCACGUAGAAGCAGAUCUUGAUAGUGAUUAAUAGCCUGGGUUUCAAAUAUUAGCUAAGCUUUAAAAGACUGGAUUGUAGCUGAUGUUCACUUGUCGUCACACAUCACAGGGUCUGCAGUUUUAUAAGAUGUUCCUUCAUAGCAGUCAGGUCUUUCUUUUCUUAUCUCCUCUCCUCCCUCUCUUUUCUUCUCUCUCAGUCUUUGUUCUAUGAAAGACAUGUCAAGCACACAGGUCGUGUCAAACAGAGCACGUUGAAAAUGUUAAUUGUUUCUUUAUUAGAGUUGGGAAUUUAACAAAAAAGGAGCUGCUGAGGUCCAUGGGAAAGACGCACAUCAAAGGCUGGAAUUGGCUGUUCAGUCAGCACUAUGUGAAGUUGUCGGAGCGAGCCGGUCGGUCAGCAGCACGAUCCAUUUUGUCAGCAAAUCUCACCUUAUUGUUGUUAGCUCGCACUUGUGUAUGUCACGUUGAAGUGAGGUAGACCUACUUUAUGAAAAGAAGGAGAAAAAAGGAAGAAAGGUGCUGCGGGGGGGAAGCUGCAGUAAUAUGAACGUGUGAAUUCCUCUGAGAGUGAAGCUUCAAGAAAAGGCACAUGAAAGAACACUCUGUCCUAUCACACCUUAUGUUACUCCUGUCACCCUCAUAACCCCUAUAUACUCCCCCCGUCACACUCACCUGAGUCGGAGGAGAGAAAGGCUCACUGUCUUUUCACGCCGAGCUUCUAUCCUUUCAUCUCCUCACGUUGUUGCCUUUAAUCUCUUUUCAGGGUAUGGCGUCCUCUGCACGUUCCAAAGGAGAGCACAAGCAGAGGGUCUUCUUGACGGUCUCCUUCGGCGGGAUCAAGAUCUACUGUGAAAGAUCAGGGGUGAGUAACAUGUCAGGCGAGUGGGCCUCAUGGCAGAGCUGUGCUGCGAGGCCUCUGCCAGCUGCUGCACCGUAAACCUACAGUAUAAGUAUAGGACAUCCAGAGGGCAGGCGAGCACGGUUCACUUCACAACGGCUGCCAGGGCCGCCAUCUUGUAAGCCUGGCUGGCAAGGUUGACAUAUGAGUACAACUGUAAUACCUGCACAGGAGAGAGAUGAUGCACAAGGUUAUGCUUUCUUUUCCUCACUGCAUUUGCAUGAAGCCAAAUUCCCCUUCAAGUAUCAACACUAAUCUAGCAACACCAGGCAUUCGGGGCAGCUUUUGCCCUUUAGCUGAUAGAAACUGAGCCUGACAGCGUUAAAUAAGAGGUCCUCCAUUUGAUAUUUGACCCUAUUAAACUGGUUUUAACACACCCUAGCAGGAUUAAGAGGGAUGCUGGAGGACCCACUUAAGAUCACUCAGGCCCUGUCUGCCUGCUAAUGAUAGCACAGUGAGCAAUGUUAUGGUGAUGUUAUGAGACGGGCUGUUUCCAGCCUCCACCCUGGCUUCCAUCCCCCUUGGCGGACUCGGAGGCCUGCUGUUCCAUUACAGGAUGAUCGAGGGGGCUCCGCUCUCCCCCAUCCUAGGGCAUAGUGUUGGCUGGAUAGGCCCACUCUGCUCAUCAGUGCUAACCGAUAAUUAGCACUCAGUUCCACCCCUUAAUGAUCAUUGCCGCUAAUGCUAAUUACACCGCGGCUCCACCUCAGCUGUCGUUAGCGCUAAACUGAUAAUUACGCAACAGCAUUUGGUCCCAUGGCUGCCGACCCCCACCCCUAACCCCCCCGCCCGAUCGUCUAUCUGCCGAAAAAAUAAAAAACCCAUCUUUGAUCAUAUCUCUUUUUAAUACGACUGCUGGUGAUGGUGGCGUGUCUUUCGGCUUUAAUGCAUAAGAACAUUAAGCCUCCCGCCACCACCAACCAGCUCACCAGCUUUUGACAAGCUCAUUUGUUGUUUUGGAAAUCAUGCCCCUAAUGCUCUUCAUUUUAUUUACUGAUUACCGACAGUAAAUAACACUCCACACUUAAUAUCCCCGCUGAGUUAUUAUGGUGGAAGUGCGGAUCACUCAGCUCAGGCAGCAGCGUCAGAGAGCAUUUAGAAGAAAAUACUUUAUGUAAAGCUGACAUGAUUCUCUGCUGAAUUCAGUCGACAAGUCAUAUUAGUUUUGUAUUUUACAUUAAUCUGAAGCGUUAGCACCGACGUUCCCCGCUGAAUAUCUGCUUAUAUUCAAAUGAAAGCUCCUCCCCAGUGACUUAGCUUAUCUGUGCUAAUAGUAGAGCCGCAGGUGGGUGUGCCUGAGCGACAGCUGGAUUACUCCAUAUGUGUGUGUAAAUAUAGAUGGUCUGUGAGCUUUUCUGCUUCUCUCCACAUCGACUGGCAAAUACCUCACACAUCAAAAGUUUAUCAUAAUCUCGAUCGCUAAUUUGGUGUUUUUCAAUCGCUGGAAUCAGAGACGUCUAAAUCCUGCUGAGAUCAAAGCUGGACAUGAAUAAAUAAUCAAACAACAAGAUGUCUGCCACUCAGUCUGAUGCAACAGCACACAACAAGUAUCAUGCCACGAGAUUAUAUUAGUGUUGUGUUUUUGUUGUCUCUGCUUUUGGAAAAUAUCUGUAUGUUAUUAAGAUCUGCACAGCCUCCAAUCUCUCCUCCCUCUGUCAGACACAGCUUGGCUUCCUCAGUGUUGGUUGGCUGCUUUUGUCUCGACAUUAUGCAAAGAUGUUUAAAGUAGCUUUGACCUACUUUUCCUGCCAACACAGUGUACAGUUCUUGUACUUGUAAAACACUAUGAAACCACACUAUGUUUUGCAUUCAGUAUCUUCAGAGGAAAGAAAAAAAAAUACAGUAGGUAUUCUGUUUUACCUUUCCAAGUCAUCCACAGGGGCCUCUGUUGAUUUAACACUCCCACCUCUCUGCCCCUCAGGUGCUCCUGCAUCACCACUCGGUCCAUGAGAUCAGCUACAUCGCCAAGGACACCAGGGACCACAGAGCCUUCGGUUAUGUCUGCGGGAAGGAGGGUCACCACAGGUUUGUGGCCAUCAAGACGGCACAGUCGGUGAGUACUUUUCCACUCUGCUGGAGCUGCUCGAGUCAAUCCUCAGGUCCUCUGAGGCAGUUCCAGACUGUGAAGUUAUCGACCAUUAGAGUGACAUUUGAUUUGAACAUUAUUCAAAGCUGCAUUAAUGUGAUGAGGUCUGAGACCAAGUAAUUCCAUCACAAAAGUCUUACAAUUAAAUAUUAAAGCUAUGUGGAUAUGCACGGCCUGGCGCGUUCUCCUGUUUCAUUUACUGACAGAUUAGAUUAAAAACCUUUUCGGUAAAGAUUAAGAUUUAAAUGUUUUGCUUAAAGUCUCCUGUCUCAUCUAAAGGGAGCUAAGAUGAAGACAGUCGACAGCUUGUGUUUAUUCCCUCAGAGACAAUCUUCCACAGCUCAGGAGCUGUAUUGGAGGGUUAUCAGGUGAUGAACUAGAGAGGGAUAGAAAGAAAGCUGAAAAAAAGAUGGCUGUGAUGUAGCUCUGCAGUGUGUAGUUUUGGGCGAUCUGGUGACAUAUAAAAAAAUAAUGGUCUAUUGAUCUGUCCAGAACCACUGCCUUGCAGGAAACUGUUGAGCUCAGUUUUACUGAGACUUCUCUGUAAUCUAUAAUUCACAAUGUAGGAAACCAACCAAUACAACUUUUAACAUGCAUCUGCUUGUUUUUGUCUGCUAAAUUUAAAUGCUAGUUACAUCCUAAACAGUGGCUGAGUCUACUGAGUCUCGUCUUUAAUCUAAUCCUUCAUUUACAACAUCCUCCUCCUCCUUUUCUCCCAGGCCGAGCCUCUCAUCAUUGACCUGCGUGACCUCUUCACGCUCAUCUACGACAUUAAACAGCGGGAGGAGAUGGAGAAGAAGGCUCAGAAGGACAAACAGUGUGAGCAGGCGGUCUACCAGGUAGGAAACUCAGAACACAUUUUUGCUUUUUUUUUUCUCUCAACUGCAUUUCCCAUUCGGAGGCGAGAUCACACAUUAUUACACAGGCAGCAACUCAUUCACACAACAGGAAUCAUUACACUUUCAAGCCUCCUCCGAAGUGCAUUACAGACUGUGUUUGUCUGUACCACUGCUUUCUAUGUUGAAAAUCUAGUUCUAAUGUCAAUGCAACGGGUUUGGACACUCUUUUUCAUUGUAGUUGUAAGUGUGUGACAGAUAAAGUAUGGGUUUAUGCAUUAACCAUAUCACAAAUCGCAGUCUCAGUAAAACAUACAUACCUACAAAUCUUAAAAGAAAUAUAGUUUUCAUUCAUUCUUUUGCACCAGUAACUAUUUUUUAAAGAUGUGCUGAUAUUGAUACCAAUAUAGAUAUAGACGACAGUGUCUUUACUAUUGCCAAUACUCCUGCUGAUACUGGGAUCCCCACCAGACCACUGGGGAUAUCUGUACCAGGAUGGAUGCAAAUACCAGUGUGCCAAAAGACACCUGAAAUGACAGCAAGAAUUUCACCCUACUUGUACAAAUAACCCUCCAAAUACCACUGCAAAUACUGGUAUCAAUCCUCCUAACAAUAGUAGUAUGAAUAUAAAGUACAUAGCCCUGCCCCCGAUAUCUGUAUCUUUACUAAUAGGGGUAUCAAAACUAUAAUGAGUUGGGAUACAGGUAGAAGUUUCCCAGCCAUCUGGUAGUUGUAAUGCUAGCAGCCCCAACACCACCAUUACACAAACCAAUAUCAAUAUCACAUACAAUACAAGUCUAGAUUUUGGUUUCCUUUUAGCACCCAUAUCAGGAUGGAUGCACUUGAAAUUAUCACAAUACUUGGGCCACGAUACAUUAAACUGCGAUUUAUACACAAUUUUCAACUGUUUAGCUACUAUAGUAUUUGUCUUUCCCUUAUGUUUGUCUUAUUUACGCACAUCUUGCGAACCUUUUAUAUAUUUGUUGCACUAACCUUCUCCUGCUCUAUGAUGUCAUUAUCAUAGAUUUGACUUCAUAUUAGGAAUUAAGUUGAAAAAAUCAUUACUCGGUCAAUGAGACAAAACAAUAUAUCAGCAGAAAACAUAUCGCAAUACUAUGCUGUAUCAAUUUUUUUCUCCCACCCCUACUGUCUAUACCAGUAUAGAUACUUAACAUUCAGAUGGGACCAGAUAGCAACAAUCUUAACAUAAUUCAUUGUGCACUGUAAAGUUAUCUGAAAGUCUCUACAUUUGUGUGCUGUUUGACAUCAGUUUUCUGUUCUCUUACGUCUUAUACAUGAAAACAAAAUGUGUCAUCUGCCCUCUGUCCACCUUCUGCACAGACCAUCCUGGAGGAUGAAGUGGACGAUCCAGUUUACCAGGUAGGUCUGCAGGCACACAGAGCAGGAAACCAAACACUGCUGUUCUUGAUGCUUUUCCAGCUUCACUGGUGCUGUUUUCACUCUUAAAGCUUGAAAUCGACAACAAUUAAUAAUCCUUGAUUCAAAUAUCUCCUCCAGUUCCUGAUCAGCUUGAAUUAAUGAUCAUGAUAUUCCACCAUAAUACAAAGUAAACCAUCCGAGUGGACAGUUUUGUUCAACCAUUCAACCCCCAUUUGCCAGUGCAGUGUCGUAAACCAUAUUUUUAAGUUGAUCUGUGUCAGUCUUCUGAUUUCUACCAAAGACACGUCCCCUACCCCACCUGACUGGUUGUUACCCCCCUGUUUUUUGCCCUGUGUGUUUAUUUGGCUGAACAUGAUUUUUCUUUUUCUCUGUGUUUGCUCACUGAAUACAGACAACACUAACUCUUACUCUGAAUGCUAUGUUCAGUGGUACGUCCAGCCACCUCCCAGAUCACCUCUGUUCUUUGCUCUUGAAGUGUGUUUUUGCAUAAAAUCAUUCCAUUUGCAGCCUUUGAUUAUGUUGAUGUUGGUUGACAAAACUCCAGACUGUGGCCAUGAAUUUAACAGAGUACUUCCUUUGACAUUUUGGGAAACGGAUAUUUGUUUUCUUGUUGAGAAGAUCAGUCCUACUCUCUUUUCAGUGAAGUGGGGAUGUAGCUUGAGCCAAGAGAGAAUUGGCCAAGCUUAGUGUAAAAAAUAGAAGUACAUAGAAACAGCCAGCCUGGUUUUAUAUGCCCACCAUCACCCACAAAGCUUAUUAUUAGCAUUUAAUUUUUUAUUUGUUAGGCUGGUUGCAGUACCUGUUUUUGGUUUUGAUCGUCUUUUAGCCAACAAAUAUUGCAAACAUGUAUCUGAUAUGCUGACCUUUACAAACAUCUUAGAGAUUAUUUAAAUCAAUUUCAACAUAUAGUAAAACUUGAAACUUACUCAUUCCUUGAAGAGAUCAUAGACUAAAAGGAACAACAAUACACCCACAAUUAUAUGUUACAUUACUCUGUCUUAACUCCUCCUAACUUUUCAUUUCUUUUCUUUUUAUAAUGUUUUUGUGUAACCUGCUAAUUUUCACAGAGGAUACUGCUUUACUAAUCAGGAGCCUCAGUUCAAUGACCUACUUUCAUUCUGCUGAUGAGAUUUUGCAUUGAACAGUAACUAGGUCAUUUACCCUUUUUCAUACUUUUGUUCAGUUUUUAUUCAUACACUGAAAAUGUUGCACAUUUAUCACAUUCAUUCUGUAAGGGGUGCCUCUCCCCUCCUUUUCUUUAGUCCAAUUAUAUCAUGAAAAAAUAUUUUAAUUUUUAUUUUUUAUCAGAGUUUUAUAUGAUGAAAAACACACAGCUGGGUUUGUAGGUAAACUAUGUUACAGGUGAGCAGAGCAAGGCUGGUAGGUCUGCCCUAAUGCUAAGCUAAACUAACCAGGUUGCAAGUUGCAUAUUUUCCAAAUACAUACAAGUAAGGAGUCAAUCUUCUCAUCUUACUUUUGGCAAGACACCAAAUAACAUUGUUUCCCAAAAUGUCAAACCAACUUCAAUUUGGGAUUCACACAGACAUUUAUUAAUGUCAACUCUGAGGCGAGAGACUGACGGAUUUAAGGGCUUGACGAUCGCAAGUAAUUUUUUAGACCUGCAGGUCUGAGAUGGAGCAUCACAUUACUUUUGUUAAACAAGAGACCUCUAACUAAGACCUCCACGUUGCCUUUAACUACUGCCUGACCUAUUAUACUUGUGCUCUUUCCUCUUCCCACCUCACUCUUUUUUCUUUCUCUCUUCAUCUCCUCCAUUCUUUUUUCCCAUGCCCUAUUUUUUACACCCUUUCCAUUCCUGAUCUCAUUUCACUCCCCACACGACGCCAUCCUUGCUCCCCUGUGCUUUCAUUUAUUCUCGUCAUGUUUUGCUCUCUUGUUGUAUCUCUCUCUGUUUAAUAUGCCAACCCUCCUCUUUGUCUUCCCAUCUCAUUAUUCUCUGCACCUCUACACUCGCCCACUACUUCUGUUCUUUAGUACAUAGUGUUUGAGGCUGGACACGAACCCCUCCGUGGCCCCCAGUCAGAGGAGAGCGUUUAUCAGGUACAAAGACAAGCAUUGCCCCCCUUUCUUUUCUCCCUUUUCAUACCUUGUGAUGAUAAUAGUAACAGUACUAACAACAUGACUCUGUAGCUCCUUUCUUAUAGAAGUUAUAAAAUGCAGCUUGUUUGUGGUGAGAGGAUUUUCUGGAGAUUUAGAAGUAGAUCAGACAAAGGUUUCUCUUUUUCUGUGGCUGAAGAUAAAGGGCUUUUGAGAAAAAAAAAAAAAGCAGACAAAAAGUAUUUAAAGUUCAAGUCAUAAACCAUUAGAUUUGAGUCAAAACUUGUGAUUUAAGAUUAACAGGGCAAACAUCUAAGCAGCUACAGGUCAUCAUAGGAGGAGAUUGUAUGUCGAUAAACAGCUGACAAAAUUAAGUGUUUUUAAUGGAGAAUAAAAGCUUUAUUUGCUCUGCAAUACUUAAAAAAAGAUCUAUUCUUUGUGAAGAAGUACGACAAUAAGUUGUGCAUCAGCAACAAGCGUAUUUGGUCUUAAGGACUUCAAAAUAAGCAUCUGCAUAUUUUGUUGAGUGAGUGCUUUUAAAGUAGUGCAAGUUCGCAGUUGCAGGAAUAGGCAACAGAAAUCAAUUAGUUAAAUCUAAACUGGACAGAAUACAAUAUAUAUAUAUACAGUAUAUAUUGCUCUUUUUUGGGUAGGAAAGCAGUUUGGUGGUAGACUACGCUGAAGGCUAUUUUUUCCAAUAUAAUUUCACUGAAAUCUACUGAAAUGUAACUUGAACAACAGAAAAAACAGCAGAACAGUCAAGGUCAGCUGUUUUAUUUGGAUAGUUCACCCAAAGCUCCUUUUUAUAUCAAAUACUUUGACCUUUUAGCUUUGGACCAUUUGAACGACCAGCUAGGACCCAAGGGACUGCUGGUAUAGUUUAAUCUCACUCCCUUCUUUUCUCUCGCCCCCUCCUCCUCUCUUUUCGUCUCUCUGUAUCUUGCAUUCCUCUGAAGAUGAAAGAUGCAGAGAGAGAUUAAUCACUUGCCAUGCCAUUUGAUCUUAGAAUGAAACAAGAUCAAUAGACUUGGGGAAAACGUAACGGAAAGUUAACCAGUCACAGGCUUGCAGGAGUAAAAAGCAGCAAGGUUAAAAGUGACAGAUAGUCAGAAUUAAUGUGAAGGAAGUAUACAAAGGAGGGCAGUGCUGAGGCAUCUUCAUAGUGUCAGAUGAACCAGUGGAGACACACUGUUGCAGAAUAACAAUAGUCGUUCCUAAUCUCAGGACAAGCAUCCUGAAGCAUUGUUAGCAAUCAAUAUGGAUUUAAGUAGAAUUGAUUCAACAAAACAGUGCUAGAAUUAGCAUAAUCUAAUUACUAUAACUUAUAAAAAAACAUAUAAGAAUGGACUAAAUUGAUGAAGUAAGCUUUUCCUUUCAGUAGACGUGUUUAAGUUUUCUUCAGCUCCUGUUUUUGUUCUGUUCCUUACGUUUGAACGACCUCCGAUCCAACACAGGUCCCAACCAGUCAGCAGAAGGAAGGGAUCUAUGAUGUUCCAAAACGCCAUUUCAUGACUGUAGGUGUUUUAUUUUUUAUUAUUUGUUUCGUUAUUCCUCACCUUACAAACCUCUCUUGAGAGAUCCUCUUGCAGGAAGUGCCUUAAGCCCCCUUUGACAAUCUUUGAUUGUCAUUAAUAUUUUUAGUCUUGAAUUAUAGCCAGCAGGCUCCCAAAUACAUUUUUUUAAACCAAGGACAAGUCAGACGGGGGUCUGUGUCUACAUUCGCUUUCUGCAGUGAUAGUGAUGAUGAAACAAGGCUACAUUUGGUCCGCCUGAAGAUAUAAAACUAAUUGAUUGGUAUACCAAAGUCAGAUUUGUCAGCAAUUUCACAGAACAUUAAAGGGGCAGACUUCAUAUCCAAAAUUCAAUCCUGUGGAUAAUCUGAUGCAUGUCGGGACCAGAUGGUCUAGACAAAACCAGUUUGGAGGGACUGACUAUACGAGUAGAGGGGUGGCUGCUGUGUCUUCCUCAGAGGAUGAGGACGAGAGGUUUGUUGAAGGGUGGGCGCUGGGAUGAGCUGCAUGCAGUGUAGUCACGGCUUCAUUCAGUCAAGGCCACCAAACACUCAUAAAAGCUUUUCCCUCAGCAGUAGCAGCAACUCUGCAGCACACAGCCUCGAUUUCAGACUCAGGGUGGGAAUCUGAAAAGCUGUCAUAAUGUUGUACAGAUGUAUCCCAGGUUGACAAUCAUUCUCAUUUCACUGCUUCUCAAUUGAUCACCACCGAGAAGAAAAUAGAUGGACAGAUAAAAUGGAGGAGUAUCAGAUACAUUUAGGUGUUACAGCAUAUUAUCUCUGUAACAAAACAGCUGAUGUUUGUAACUUUAACUCUCAAUCAUCUCCCUUGCUAUAAUAACUGCAAAUUAGGCUAGUUAUUAAUUCUGCUAGUGAGGGGUUUGUUUCCUAUCUUACAAUUUAACAUAAAACAGUCAUGUUAGCUACACUGUGGAUGUUUGUGAACAUUAUCUUUGAAUAAUCAACCUUGUUAACAUUUCACUUCUUAGCUAAGGUUUCUGCUAGCAGGAGUUAUUGCCUAGACACUUUAGUCACUUUAUAUCAUCAAAUAAUAAUAUAGCUGAGUCAUCAUUGAUUCUUACAUUAGCUGUAAUUUACAGAUCUUUUUUAAACUUAAAAUACAGCUAGCUCUUAAAGUCAUGACACUUUAUUCAAAUUGUAAUUCUUUUUUUGCGAUGUUAAAUACUGCAGUGUAAUUAUACGUACGAGCUUCCCACCUUGAGUGCAGUCUCGGACAAAAACAGUGUGCCGUGUAUUUUUGGUGAAUUAGUUUCAGCAAAAAAUAAAAAAUAAAAAAAAGAGAUUUUUUGAUUUAUUUUUUUCUUUUUUACAAUCAUUGUAUUGAUGUACAUUUCAUCCCGGCAGGUUAUAUGACUUCCUCACCUCCACACAAUGAUUAAGUUAUGGCAUCUUUUAAAACACAAAAAGACAUUCAUUCAAGCAUUUUUCACCCAACGAUCAGCCAGAGAGAGUCUCCUUGCAACUUUUGAAAACAGCUCUAGCAAAGUGCUUCUCUGCUCCUCUCUGUUGGUGUGCUUGUUGUUCAGCAUAUCAAACAGAUAAAAAACUGCCCCCCCCCCCUUCACUAUCUCACCCAAACAGCCCAUGCUGGUAUAAGUAGCAGCGCUUCCAUAUCUCUAAGUGUUACUGCUUGUCUGUUCAUUCAGUUGGAGCUUUUUUGAGAGCUUCAAGCUCCCCUGAUGUGUGUCAGUGCCUGCAGGGAGAGACUUCACUGUACAAUGUUUACCUUUUUCCAAAUUCUGACUCAUUCUGUGGCCCUCAAUGGUCCCAAAGUGCCAUGCAAACUGUGCAAUGUGCUAUGUCCCGGCUCAUUCAAGGAGGACAUAAACACCCUGUUAGUGGCAACACAGAUUGCUGCAAAAUCCUCCCCUUUUUUUUCUUUCUUUUGUUUGAACAUGUUUGUAUCUGUUUAUUUAAAGCAUGCAGAUCCUGUGUGUCCUGUGUGUCUUUGUGCUUAUACUGUGAUUCAUUGUCUGCUUGUGCAUGGCCCCAAAGACAUUUCAUGCAACUUUGCCAUUUCAUAGUCUCCCUUAAGUAUCACUAGUGGAGCACAAAGGGGGCUAGUUCAGGGGUCAUGUCUGCCUAUAGGGUAAGGUGGCCGUAUUGUCCCUGUCUGGUGGUCCCAGAAGCUUCUUCUUUCAUCCAUUUGAUGAAAAACACAUACUCCUCUGUGGGUGUGUGUCCACUCAGAGAGCAGAAUCAGCAUGAUAAAGCAGGCACAGGCCCUCAUGGGGGGGCCCUUUUGAUUGGCAGACAUAAGAAUAUCUAAUCAGAGGUUAUUUUAAAGGAUUGAAUAGCCUUUUACCCACUCAAUUAUAGUGAGCCAUGAAAGAUUCAUUUUAGAUCCAUUUUCUGAUAAUGAAAACGAGGGGAUAGUUGUUUCUUGCCAUUCGCAGCAUAAACCGCCUUUGUGAAUAGAUUUCACUCCCCACACCUUCUCCACCCAUGCAACCACCAUACCCUAUCUGCAGAUGAAUUAAAAGGUUUCAUGACCGUGCAGAUCUCACUGUUGUGAUGUAACACUGGACUUUGUGUCUCUCUUUUCCUCCUUCCUCAUGGUGACUCACAGAAUAUCAACCACUUUGAUCUUUUCGGUGACAUGUCCACUCCUCCCUCGGUAAGUACCAUUACUACUCUUUAAUAUUUGAUUCAAGUUUUAAGUAUUGCACGGUGAGAUUACAUCCAUAUUUCAUCAUCAUGUGUUAUCUGUAAUUUUAGAUCAUUUCAUUUAAAUCUAAAGUACCUGAAUAUUCGACUGAAAUGCAGAUUAGAGAUAAAUGUACAGCUGUGACUUUAAGGUGACAUUGAUAGCGGUGACAUCUGUGUUUGUGUGUAUUUUUGUGUGUCUCCCAGAUGCCCCCAUCACCUGCCAACACACUGGACCCCAGCAGGAGCAGCCGCCAGCAGCAACACACUCCUGCUGAGAUGUACGCCCCCUUCAGCCCCACUUCCGUGCCGUCAGGUAGCUUCCCCGGCCGACACGCUGCAUCUUUUCAAAAUACAACACAUAAAAGAGAAUAAAGUGCUGCUGGGGAUGUUGUUCUUUGAUGUUUAGUUUGAGAAAAGCCUUGCACAGAUUUGUGCAGGAUGUGGAUUUAUCUCCGUAUUUUGAAGGACCACACACCUUCAGAAGGAGUGUGUUUGUGCUUUUAUCCACAGAGAUACUGCUUAGUGUUGUGUCUUGAUUCACCGUGCUGAGUUUUGCAUCCUUGAGGGUAAUCAGUCAGACUGUAGUCAGCCUAGAACAUGCAAGAAGCAUCCAUGAUCCUCUUCAAAUACUCAGUAUCAUUGAUGAGCUUCAAAAAUCUCUCAUAUGAAGACAGUUACAUCUCACAUGUCCUUAGAACACUUGACAAAAAAACCCCUUUACCUUUAAUUUGACUAAAAACGGACCAUGAUUUACGAAAUACACAUCAUGGUGCAUCAGAAAGAGUUGGAACUUGUGUUUGAGACCAUGAAAUCAUUCAGAAAUAAAUUCACUCUGUUGUUCACUCAGCUGAGAAAAGGUUAUUUUUUUCUCACAGGGUUUCAUGCAAUUCAAACUCUUUUUGUAAACAAGUCUUGUGAAAUGAAGCCGAUAAGGAAUUGAUCACAGCCAGCCACAAGUGUCCACUCUUGAGGAAGGCUGCAAAAACACCACAUACGCACCCACUGAAAAAAGCCAAUAUUUACAGCAAAAAUAAACAUGUUUACAGCCGGGUCCAAAUCAGUUUCAGUCCGAACAGCUCAUUUCUCUGUCCUCAGACACUGUGCAGGGGUGAAAUGUUUUUAACUCGUGAGUUUUGUAUUAAAAGGGACUAAGCUAACUUGACUGAGAGGCAGGUACUGUGUAGCUGUUUGCAAAGAGGCGUAAGAUCCACCUCAGCUCCACCUCUUAGCCUCAUGCUAGGUCAACCAAAGGUUAGGUUGAGUUACCAUUGUCAGUAGGGCGAUGGCCAUCAAUAGGCUAAAUAACUUUUCUUUAGGCGCUAGUGUAUGACAUCACUAUAUGUCCAUAUUUUAUACAGUCUGUAUUUGCAACCAGUGCAGUUGCCCGCUACUGGCAAUUGGGAAAAAUGCAGGUAAAGGAACUUCUGCAUUGGUUUUACUUAUAAAAGCAGCAGCAACAUCCACCUUUAAAUGCUGUAUGUACAACAUCGCCAUGUCAAUUAUGAGCUCUGAUUGGUAUUAUGUUUAUGCUGAAUUAUAUAAAAUCUACGACCAUACCAGUCACAGUAUUUCUUAAAUGACUGACGGGCUUGGUUAACACUGACAAAGAAAAACUCCUAUACCUCAUUUUGACGCUGUGAAGGCUUUAAAAACUGUCCUUAAACGCACCUUUUCACUAUUGUUUGGUGUUAAAUAGCUCUCUUUCAUCAUCAAAGACUGCAAGGCAGCUGAGUUUAAACAGGAACAUGCAGCAAUUUUUGAAAAUAGUGUUAUUGAACUCAGAGACAAAAUGUAUUCUGUGUUCAAAUCCUUCACUUCCUUUUUCUUUAUGAAUGCUCUUUAUCUUUGUGUGCAUGUGUGUGUGUGUUUCCAUUCCAGGUUAUAUGACGAUGGGUCCAGUGCAGGCAGCCCAAUGGGCUCAGCAGCCAUUUCCUGGUCAAGCUCAGACUCUGGCCUUCCCAGUGCAGGGACCCCUCCAGGUGGCUCAGGUUCUUCCUGGUGGUCAGCCGGUCAUCUGGAGCCAGGCCAACAUUUUCCCUGCCACUCAGCAGCAGUGGGCGGCCAUGGCGGCCUACAUGCCAGCCCAGACCGUGGGCGUUGGGGGUCACGCCAUUCCAGCUGCCAUGCUUCAAGGCCUGGUACCUAUUACCACCAUGUGCCCCCAAGCCUGUGACCUCUCAGCCCCCUCCUCUGCCAUCACCAGCCCUCAGCACACAGCAGACCCCUCCCUGCUUCAGAGGCAGCUCAGCCUGGGGAAGGACGGCCUGGGCAUGGACUCAGACGCAGGCGAGGGCCCCUCUUCAUUAGGAGCUGGAGCAGGGGUAGGACCUGGCGUCGGUUCAGCAUCAGCGAGCAGGUGCGGGACCCCAGGCCUCAUGAGUGUACCGGACACAUUGGUCUGCACUCAGCUGCUUCCCCCAUCAGCUGCUGCAACCCAGGAAGAGGAAGGGAGCUGUAGCGACCUUGAUCUCUCUAGAAUGACGUUGAGCCCAGGUACAUCCACGUCACCCUCUACUGAAUCUCGUAAGUGUUCUUUAACCUCAUCCUCCUACAAACUCAUAGUAACUUAACCAUCAUCUGUUUAUGUAGAGAGUAUGAAGCAUGUCAAGGACCUACAGUCUCAGUUCAGUCAUGUUUAUUAGUAAUCUAUCACUUUAAGAUGGGACGAUGGUAACAUCUAACACCCUUCGCACUAACCAAUAUGGGGAACGUGAUUACCUGAUUUGAUCCCUUAUUGCUUAUCAUCAACUGUCGUGAGUUUGGAAUUUGUUGCCAUGAUCAGCACUGGCACUGGAGUCUAAAAACAUGACAGCAUUUGGGGCAGUGAAUGUAUGUUAUAGUGAAUGUCAUGUUUCAUUUGAUGUUGCAUUCCAUUGCAUUGAUUCUUGCCAUGAUGUAUUGUAUCAUACCAAACUUUAUCACGUCCUAUCACACCAUAUUGUAUCUGAUAGUAGAGUAUAGAAUGGUUUGGCUACUACAUUAUUGCAAUAAAUGGUGUUACAUCUUAUAGAAUUGUACAAUACUGAUCAUAUUAUAUUAUAUCAUUUUGUAUCGUUUCCUAUCUUAUCAUAUCAUUUCAAAUCAUACGGUAUCCUAUGGUAUCAUAUUACAUUGUAUCAUAUCAUAUCCUUUUGUAUCAUUUCAUAUCCUUGAUUGUACAACAUCAUAUCAUUGCGUAUCUUAUCUUAUCCUGUAAUAUCGUAUUGUAUUGUAUUGUCCUAUCAAUUGAAUUGUAGCCCCGUCUAUACAUACAACCACGACAGUGCUUCACGUUUAAAAGACUCAGAAAAUUGGCAGCAAUAGAGGAAAUUAUGAAAGACCAAAACAAAGUUGUCGUGAAAGUUCAAAUACAGCGAUCGCCCUGUCUUGUCUCUUCUUAUAGUUUGCAAUAUAGUUCGCUACAGCACAUUGUAUUCUAUCAUAAUGAAUCAUCAAUCACAUCUAUGAGCAUAAAAAAAAAAAUAACUAUUCUUGCCUGUUUUGUUAAACUAGAUCAUAUUACACUGCAUUGCUGAACACCAUAUCCCAUAGUAUGGAAUCAUGUUAAAUUGUGUGUUGCUGUGUUCGGAUGUUUUGUUUGAUUUUUAGUCACAUCAUAACAGUUAAACAUAUAAAAUCGACCGCAGUUUGUGCUAAGUAUGCUCCCUCAGAUUCAAACUUUCAAUUUCAACAAGAGAAGUCCUCCAGAAAACUUAUGUGGUUAUGGUUAGGUUAUGUGUAAAUAUUGUAAAAUUAUAGUAUUGACUAUCAGGAUGACAAAUUUGAAAACAAAAAAACACAUUCAUCCUCGAGAACCUCAAAAAACUUACAGUUUCUGCCAAGUAAACCUGAGCCAGACCACCCUCUCCACCACGGAGUCCUUAGAAGAGGACAGACAACAUAAAGACAUAAGAGGCAAAGCUCAAGCAUGUCAUCCACUCACACACAGAGGGGGUUACCUACAAGAAAAACAUGCACACAAGGUGAAAGAGGUAGUCAAGAAGAGAGGAUGGAUUUCCUGGAGGAUGGAGAUCCAAACAUCUGGACUGAGACACCAACAGUCAGGGGAGAGUAAGGAAGGCCCAGAACAGAGUCUGGUCCAGCACAGAGCAGCCUGAGAGAAGAGGGAGGGAGGAAGGCACUGAGUGAGCGUGGAUGCUCAUGUGCUUUCAGGACACAUAGACACUGAGGGAUGGAUAGGUGCAGUUUUUUUUCAGAAAAGUGUAGUGUUCAGGAAAAACACGAGUACUUUUGCACUACUGUUGUCGUAUUACUGAGAAAUGUCUUUAAUAUAUGCCACAUAUUUCAUUCGUUAUCAGACAAAAUGUUUCCAGCUGACAAGCAGCUUUUAUGUGAGAGUAUUUCACUUGUUUGCAGCCUUUUAUCCUCUAUGUUCUUACUAAAUUUUAACUGUUCAAAUAGCUUAAAUUGGUUAUUUCAUGUUUAAGCAAAACUGAUACAUAAAAUAACUAAUUUAAUCCACUUUCAUUUUUUAAAUACAUGACAAAAAAAAAAAAAUCAGUGUUUUGCUGUCAAACUUAUGCUAAAGCAGAGAGAUAAUGUAUUCCUUCUGAAGUAAAGAACAAAGACAGUACGUUUUUCAUUUCUGGGGAACACUGUAUGAGUCAGUUUAACUUGUGCAUUUCUAUUUUAUUCAAAUGAUGGUACCAGACUUACAUAUAAGUUUGACAGAAAAAGACUUUUCUCCCCAUUUCUGUUUUUGUGCAAGCUUUUCAAGCCGAAGUGUGUUUAGCCAUGGUCACUUAGUUUCCUUAAAAUACGUAUUUUUUCUUGGAUUAUUCCAAAAUAUAUGUAGUAAUUUCAACACGACUGCAGUGAGAUUGGACACUGAAUUGCUGCACGUUUCUAGAUUUUUAUAGAACAGUUUUUAAAAAUUGAUGUUGGGUGAAUGUACAUGUAUUUAGCUUGAAUAAUACAUUCCAAUUUUUGUCUUUGAUGCAGUAUAGUUUUACUUGGAUUAAAGUUCCUUUAAGGGAAUCUUAGUGACUUUGAACUCUACCACCCCUUGAGAAUCAUAAAGAGACAUCAUUGUUUUCAAAAAUUUCUCACAGGAGUUUCAAGAUUUAUUUGCAUGUGACAGUUUAUUCUUCAGUUGGUCGAUAAUGUUGCUUAUUUCGUCUUGGAUUUGACAGAUUUCAGUGCUUUUUGACCUGGUUUCAAGGCUGACUUUUUGAAUGCUAUGGUUUAGUUGCCACAGAAAUAGACACAUACUUUAGAAAACAUCAUUCAGGCAGUUUGACAUAUUCAUAAAUACGAAAUGAAAUGAAAAAUAAGGCCAAAAGAUGUGAUUCAUAGAUCUUCCUUCAGUGUGUGAUGCUGGCAGGAAGGUUAUUCCAGAGGACGAGUGCUAAAGCCCUGCAGCCUACUGUCUUCUCUGGCCAUGUUUAAAGCUUUAUUUGAAAUAAAACAGGUUACAGGAUGUCAGGUGGAAAGGUAAAGAAAGUCAAGGAGAUGAAAUUCACUAAAGGUCAUUGUUGAAUCUGAAUGCGCUGCUUCUUAGUGUAUGUAAUGCAUGAUACCAGCUUGAUGCAAAGAUAUAUUUAGAGAGCAGGCAACUAUCCACUGACUGCUUCUUUUGCAUAUUAACUCAAAUGUACGUUUCCUCUCUCUCCAUAGCAUCCACUCCCGCCCCUCAGCAGAGCUCGUCUUCGGACUGCCCCCCUUCCCAGGCAAGUGACCCCCCCACAGAUCACUCCCCUGUAGACCCAGAGGGCAGCUCCAGCAACGCCAAGGAGGAACAAUCGGUGAGCCUUGCCCCCCUUAAGGUCAUACCCCUUGUCGAUAAGAUUCAUGGAUUCGAUCUAACAUCUGACCGUUGUGAUGCUAUAAUCUGUUAUCGUCAUCUGGGUGAUCUGUUUUCAAAUAGAUCACAUGCAAUCAGCAGGGUAGAGUAAUCACCCUUGCCAUUAACACAGCCAAAUGGGGAAAUGCCAAACCAAUUAAUCAUAAAAGGCAAAAAUGAUUCAGAUGUCUUGAUUAGAUCAUUUAUAACAAGGUGUAAUUGUGUCACGUAAUAAUCGCUGAAGUUUUUCUACUUAACAUUUGGCGGAUUUGCACUCUUAAAGCCCUCACAUACUGGGGAAUAAAAAAACGUCACCUGCAGAAUAGAAAUUUUACUGCAUCCAUUCUCCUCCUUUCUCUCAGGACUCUGCUGGUGCAAGGUCGAUCUCCCCAGUGCCGGAUGGAGCUCCUGAUCCCCCGCAGGAUCAGACGUGUCCACAGGAAGACAGCUAGAGAACAACAGACACUGAGUGGGUAUCUCACAGUCCCUUGUCACUUAAUUUUUUUGUACUAUAUCAAUUCACAGUGUUUCAUUCCACCCACUUUUCCUGCUCUUUUCAUCUCCUCUCUCUCAUUCCCGUCUUACCCUGCACUCUGUUUCUUUAUGAGCUUUGUAUUUUCAUUUGUCAGUGUGUCUUCUUUUUCUUUGUGGAUGAGAGGUUUGAGCCGGCUGAAAAAGAGCCUUGGUUGAGUUCAGUGUUUCAGUGAUUAUGCGUCUCUGCGUCACCCAGAUGAAAAGGGAGGCACAAUGUUGCCACCUGGUGGUCAGAGUUGUAACUGCCCUAAUGCAGCUUCAUGACAGGUACACUGAAUGCUUCUGUUUUGUCUUUUAGAGGAUGGAAGCUCCUGGGGCCGGGACAGAAGCUCAUGGGACAGAGAGGAAGAAGAGACAGAUGAGUGACUGUGAUCAGCAGCGUCUCUCAGAGCUGGAUUACACAGAUUUGUUCUGUUUGUUCAACCUUGGAAAGAUAUUUUGGCAGUCCUGUUGCAAGCUGGCUAUCCCUGGAUCUGCUUUCCUCCAGAGGGCACAUACUGCACUGUACUGUACUGUACUGUACUCCUUAGCAUGACGACCAGAGUUUGGCUUCAUCAUUCAGACAGAAAACCUUUUUAACCAGGAAGUGACCUUGAUCUUUGAAACCUGCAGGAGAAGGGAAGGAACUGAUUGCUCCCUCCUGGGGUGGACUAUCUGUGAGAAAACGUCACACAGCCAAGACCAUGCAGAUUACUAUCGGAGCCUAUAAAGGAGGUUAAGGAGCAGCAUCCUACUGUAUGUGUUUGACCUACAGUAUAUCAGCCGCCACCAGCAAAGACUGCACCCAGCAGAUGGAUUUGCCAAAUGUUCUCAUUGUGUUGCUCCACCGAUUCGUCCAUUUUGCAUGUACAGACUCAAUGUGGAUUCAGCGGACUCAGCUGUGAGCAGAAACUGUUCUCUGCAGCUUCCCUCUGUACCUGAAGCAAAUCAAAAAAACAUGUUUUUUUUUCUUAUUUUAUAAGCUGUGAAUUCUUUGUUGAUGACGCUGAGUCAUUAGAGAUAUCCAAAUGGCUUUGAGGCAUCAAUGUGGAAAUCAAAAAUUUGCCAAACAUCUAUUUUGUAAAUAAGAAUCCUCCCAGUCCCCCCUACCUGAGCCUUUGUGCCAUAAAAUAGCUCUCUGCCUCUUUGGAUGCCAACUACCUGUGUUUUAUCUCAAGCAAUGCCCUACCAGCACCUCCAUUUUUUGACGUCUGGAUGUUUGUUUUGCUUUUUCUGCCAUUUUUCUUUCUCUGAAAAUGUCUGUUUCUGUUGGGUUGGUGAGAAAUGAACUGUGAAUCUGUGUUACAUGGUCAUUCAAAAUAAAAGCCUGCUGUUCCUGAUGUGAAGGAAAGGAAACGGUCGACAAACUUACCACUGCGUAAUAAACUUUUUUUUUGUAACGGCAAGGCAGACUUUCCUGCUUUUUUUUUUUUUUCAUUUUUUUCAUUUUUAGAUAUUCAACAUCUCCAGCUCAGUCACAUUGUUUACAACUCGCCUCUUAGAAUCAUAUCUCUGUUUGUUUUCUUGAGUGAAUAAGCAGAAUAAACCCAUGCUGAUGCGUAAUGGCUUAAUAACCACAAGUUCAGCAACAGUAGAGUGCAUUUCUCUGCCUUAUCAGGUUUAUUUCUGUUGUCCAGUCACUGUUCUCCUUGUUGGGUCAUUUGUAAACAGUAAACAGGUCAUUGUUGUAUCAGAGCACUUGGGUGUGUUGUAGGUCUGCUCCACGGUCUAGGAAUGGUUGAGAAAGGAAAAGGCAACGUUAUGUAAUAUGAACAAUAGAGAUAUCACUAUUAACUGCUAGGCUUACAAUAACAAACGGUAACUGUACCCCCUGCUUGUGUAAGAAAAAUGAGAAAUAGUCCGAGAUAUUUUGUAAAUUUUAUUUAUGGAAUCAAGAAGUGUCACGAAAAGAGAAAAAAAGGACUUUUUGUACGUCUAUGACUUCCCCAUACACUGUAUCCAUCCACUGUUCAGUCACAAAUAAACUAUCAUGUGAUUCCCACUUCUCUG